CUCCAGCAUAGCAGGAGUAUGAAGUUUAGGUUAUCAGUGUGCAGCAGCUGCGAGAGAAUGGUGCACCUCAGAGUCUGUAGGUGCGUAAUUUUAUCCAACUCUGAUUUUUUAUUUUGGGAACUUUAACCGCCUCACGUAGUUGUGCAGGGGUGUAUGCGCAAAGUUCAGCGUGUCUUCUCCGCGGUUUAACACUACAAAUGGCUUGGAUUAUCCCCCCGCAUCUGCACAAGACUGGCGCUGCUUUUUUCCUGCUCGCCGUGAUUCUGACAGGUGAUGCAGUCGCGCAGGUUUUUGACAGCUAUGGAUUAUCUUACGCCUUGAGGUCCGAGCUUUCAGAGGACACGAUAUUGGUUGCCAAUAAUGGGAUCCGUGUGCCUUUCGGGAGAUCUGUCUACAUUGAUCCCAUCAACGAUUUGGUUAUUCAAGUUCAGCCUGGCGAUAGGUGCAGCAUAACAGUACUAGACAAUGACCCGUUGUCCCAAAGACCUGGACACCUGUCCCCAAAAAAGUUUCCAUGCGAAUUUGGCCCCAACGACGUGAAGUACUCUCACUUUGGCUCCAGGAGUCCCCCGAGGGACAGAGUGAGACUACAGCUCAGGUAUGACACUCAAACGGAUACAAUUAUAAUCCCGUUCAUGAUGGAGGUUGAAGUUAUUUUCACGCAGCUGGAAGUUCUUACCAAAAACAUGCCUCUCACUGUAGAGAAACUGCUCGGCACAAGUAACCCCAUCGACAGACGGAUAUUGGAAUUCACCUACGACAGGAGUGCACAGCAAUGCAAAAUAGCCUCUCUGUCCAGUGGCAGUGUGCUGCCCAGGUAUGGGAAACUUGUGGAUCAGGACAGCUGGGGAACAAUGGUGGACUGUGAUGAAUUCAUUAAAAUGAACAUCCGCUAUCAGCACACUUUUGCUUUGAAGUCACCAAACAGAGAUUACAUUCCCAUGCUUGUGGAGUUAAAUGAUAAGGAAGGCAACUUGCUCAAGCAGGAAUUUUUCCAAAUUUUAGUGAGGAUUAAAGACGGAGAGGAGAACACGGCUCCAAAACCCAGCUUUGUUGCCAUGAUGAUGAUGGAAGUGGACCAGUUUGUAAUGACAGCUAUAACCAUGGAUAUGCUGGCUGCAGAGGAUGUCGAAUCUAAUCCUGACGAAUUAAUUUUUAACAUUACAUCGACCCUGUCCUUUGAAGAGGGUUACAUAGUGAGCACGGAUGAUAGGAAUUUACCAAUAACCUCUUUUUACCAAGGAGACCUCAAAGACUUGAAAAUUGCCUACAAGCCCCCUGCUGUGGAUUCAGACUCUGAGCGGAUUUUCCAGAUUGAGUUUGAGGUGGUGGACUCAGAGGGGGCUGUGUCAGACCCUUUUGCUUUCAUGAUUGUUGUUAAGCCAAUGAACACACUGGCUCCUGUGGUAACGAGAAAUACAGGUCAGUUACUGUAUGAAGGUCAGUCCAGGCCUUUGUCUAGUUCACAGAAUCUGGAAAUCAGCGAUGAGGACAAUUUAGACAAAGUCAAAAUCACUGUUAUUGAUGGGCUGAGACAUGGGGACUUGACUGUUCUGGGCUCCAGGAGGAAAUUUUUCACCCCGGCUGACCUCGACUCUGGAGUCGUAAUUUAUCAACAUGACGGCAGCGACACUUACAGCGAUAAUAUUAUUUUCAGAAUGACAGAUGGCACCAACGUGGUGGAGUUUCUGUUUCCUAUCACGGUCGUGCCAACUGAUGACGAGCCUCCCAUAAUUAACGCCAACACUGGUCUGGUUUUAUUUAAAAAUCAAAUGAUGCCAAUCUCUUCACUUAUGCUCAGUGCAGCUGACAUCGACUCAGAGGAUUCUUCCAUCAAAUUCACCAUAGACCCUCCCUUUUCUACAAUUGGGCAGGUAUUACUGCGUCAGUCUGAAGCCCCAGAGGACCCCUCAACCUGGAAGUUUAAUACUGAGGAUGAGCUGUAUGAGAAGGUAGUGACUGAAUGGCUGCAGCAGGAUAUUACAGAUGGUAAACUGUUUUACAAGCAUGUCGGGCCUCACAGCACCAGCACAGUUAUGGAUCAGUUUGUGUUUAGGGUGCAGGAUGACAAUGACCCUCCGAACCAAUCAGGUGAGAGCUCGUUCAUUAUCAAAAUCCUUCCUGUUGACGACCUCCCACCUGAGCUGUACGCUGGCACCACUCUGCAAAUGACAGUGCAUGAGUAUCAUCUUACCUAUUUCAGAAGGAAAUUCCUUCGUUACACCGACCUGGACUCGGAGGAUCGGGAUCUGAAAUACACAAUCAUCCAGCCACCGACAGAUACGGAUGAGAACAAUCCUAUUAUACUGGGAGCUCUGGUAUUAACUGAACAGCCAAACAUUGAAGUCAUAACUUUUACCCAGGCACAGAUAAACCACCACAAAAUAGCGUACAAGCCGCCUGAUCUCGAGCUUGGAAUUACGCCUCGUGUUUUGCAGUUCAGGUACACUGUGGAGGAUGUUUCUGGAAAUAUUGUCGAAGGUGUUUUCACAAUAUUUUUACAGCCUGUAGACAACAAGCCGCCUCAGAUAACAAACUCUGGAUUUACUGUGCUUGAGCGAGGCACACAUAUCAUAACAAGUGCCGAGCUGGACACCUCAGACACCGACACAGACAGCAAGCAGAUAUCCUUCACUGUUACCCAGCCUCCACUGCACGGUCAGAUCCAGUUUAUAUUCACUGACAUGACCAAAGGGGACACAUUCAGCCUGGAGGAUAUUGGAAAUGGGAGAAUUUCAUACAUCCACAAUGGAGAUGAAUCAACGGUGGAUUCAAUACAAAUAGAUGUCAGCGAUGGGGUCCAUAUUGUCCCAAUUACGAUUAAGAUUAACGUGAAGCCAAUUGAUGAUGAAACUCCCACUAUUAGUCUCCCAGCUGGUACAAUUGGCUCCUAUAUAGACGUACUGGAAAAUGGAGCGACCGAAAUUACGAGCAAUGUCAUUCAGGGGAGAGAUGAGGACACCGAUGACCUCCGUUUGACUUUUAUUGUUGAGGACCCGCCAUCAUUAGGUGAAAUUCUGGUGAGAGGCGUCCCAGCUGGCACUUUCACUCAAGCCGAUAUCAUAAAUGGCUUUGUGGUCUACGCUCAUACGGGUGGGGAAAUAGGUUUGACCACAAAGGAAGACUUUUUCAAUCUCACAUUGACGGACAUGUCUGAUGAGUGGACUGUUGGAGGAAAUAAGAUCACAGGUGUCAGAGUGCAUGUGACUAUUCUCCCUCUGGACAGCCAGGCUCCAGAGGUCUUUGUUGGACCACAGUUCUCCGUCAUCGAGGGAGAGAAGAACGCCAUACAGAUUCUUUAUAUAAGCGCAGAUGAUGUCGACACCCCCAAUGAUGACCUUCUUUGUACAAUCAUUGUACAGCCGACUUCGGGGUAUGUGGAAAAUAUUUCCCCAGCCCCAGGCUCGGAGAAAUCAAGGUCUGGGACUGCUAUAAGUGCUUUCACCAUCAAGGACAUCAGACAGAAUCACAUUUACUACGUUCAAAGCAUUCACAAAGGAGUGGAGCCGGUAGAGGACAGGUUUACGUUCAGAUGCUCUGAUGGCAUCAAUUUCUCUGAAAGGCACUUUUUUCCUAUCUCCAUAAUCCCCUCUAAUGAUGAAAAGCCAGAGAUUUACAUGAGAGAGUUUGUGGUUAUGGAGGGCAUGAACAUAGUCAUUGACACUCCCAUUCUGAAUGGCGCUGAUGCAGAUCUUCCCUCUGAUCAGCUCACAUUCAUUAUCACCAAACCCCCCAAGCAUGGAUUUAUUCUCAAUCAGCUCACCACUGGCACCGUACCAGUCACUAACUUCACCUUGGAUCAGAUCAGGGAGGCCUCCAGCAUUGUGUAUGAGCAUGAUGACUCUGAAACCACAGAGGACAGCUUUGAUAUUGUUCUCACAGAUGGAAAAUUCAGCGUGGAGAAAACAGUAAUCGUAAUGAUUAUCCCCGUGGACGACGAGACCCCGAGAAUGGCGAUCAAUGACGGCCUUGAAAUCGAGAUAGGUGAUGUUAAAGUCAUAACAAACAACAUUUUAAAAGCUACUGACCUGGACUCGGAGGAUUCCACUCUGACGUAUAUCAUUCGCUACGGACCCGGUCAGGGGUAUUUACAGAAGACCACGCCUUCUGGGACAUUUCAGAACAUCACAGUCGGAAUGAACUUUACCCAGAGUGAUGUGGACCUGGGUUUAAUUAUAUACAUCCAUAACGGGCAAGAGGGGAUCCGUGACCUUAUCAAAUUUGACGUGACUGACGGCAUCAACCCCCUGAUUGACAGAUACUUUUAUGUGACCGUGGGAGGCAUUGACAUGGUUUUCCCAGACGUGAUCAGUAAAGGUGUAUCCCUCAAAGAAGGCGGCAGGGUUACUCUGACAACAGACCUGCUCAGCACGAGCGACCUCAACAGCCCAGACGAACACUUAGUUUUCACAAUCACCAGAGCUCCCAUGAGGGGACACCUGGAGUGCACGGAUACACCAGGGAUGCCCAUCUCAUCCUUCACGCAGCUCCAACUGGCUGGAAACAAAGUCUACUACAUCCACACCGCCGACGAUGAGGUGAAAAUGGAUAGCUUUGAGUUUGAAGUGACUGACGGUUACAACCCUGUGUUUCGCACUUUCCGCAUUUCCAUCACCGAUGUUGACAAUAAAAAGCCUGUGGUGACAAUUCACGGCCUUGUGGUGACAGAGGGGGAGAACAAACUUAUCACGCCUUUUGAACUCACAGUGGAAGACAGAGACACUGUCGACCGCCGCUUGAAGUUCACAGUCACUCAAAUCCCAGUUCAUGGUCGCCUGCUCUUUAACAACACCCGGCCCGUCACCUCCUUCACAAAGCAGGACCUGAAUGAGAACAUGAUCAGCUACAAGCAUGAUGGCACAGAGAGUUCAGAGGACAGCUUCUCCUUCACCGUCACUGAUGGCACUCACACCGACUUCUUCAUCUUCCCUGACACGGUGUUUGAGACUCGAAAACCUCAAGUGAUGAAGAUCACCGUCCUCCCGGUGGAUAACGGGAUACCGCAGAUUGUCGUCAACAAAGGAGCGCCGACCUUGAGGGUUCUUGAGACUGGUCACUUGGGGUUUGUGUUCACAAGUAAGACCCUUAAAGCAGAGGACAGAGACAGCAUUCAGAAUUCGGUGACCUUUCGAGUGACUGUUGCCCCAGAGCAUGGAUACCUGAUCAACCUCGGCAGAGGAAACGCCACAAUCAAAACCUUCACACAAGGUAAGAAAGCAGCUUUUCAACAUCUUAGUUUAGUCUGUUAGAUUUGCAGUGUGCUUUAGAGACUCGUUGAAGUUUGAUUUUAAUCAUCUAGAGCCCACUCAAUCCUCAAUCUGCUUAAUGUGAGCCCCGCUCGUAUUUUAGAAAUGCUGAGUUUAAAUGUAAAGGUUUUUGUUUUGGCUCAAGAGACUGCCUAUUUACAGAGAUGGAGUAUGCCAGCACUGCAGGCUGACCAACUCUCAGUAGAGCAGAACAUUUUUCAAACAGUGCCUUUGGGGGAGAGCUGAUGGUGAUUUGUAUAUUAUGGUUAAAAUUGUCUCACAGAGGACAAAGAAAUUACAGAAAUGAUGAUAGAUCAUGCAAACAUGUCACAGGGGGGUGGCAAGUGGUCCAGCUCCUCGCAGACCACUGACUUUGCCAGCGGGAGUGCUUGAAGCAGUGCAGACGAGUCUCCUCGUAAAUGUCAAAUAUCAAGGCAGCAAAAGCACUGUAAAGGAAAUGUUAAUGUAUUUACUGCUCAGAUUUCCUGAGUCACUGUGAGAUACUUUCCUCAAGGGGCCUGUUCAAUAUUUUAACAGUUUUGACUAGAGUAAACAGACAGUAAAUGAAUAUACUAUCUCCUGGGCAUAUGAAAAUUGUGACUAUGCAUUUUGAUGUUGUUGGUUCAUUUGAAGAGAAAUGUUUGACAUGAAAUAUUAAAGAAAACGAGGGGAUGUAAACCUUGAAAUCUCUCCGAUCCAGGAAUGCAGAGAACCUGUCUGGAAGCAUGCUAAAGUGAUGGCAAACAGAUCUCUGUGAUAAAGCCCCAACAACCGAGCUAUUCUCUCACUCAGGAAUCUAAUGCUGGGGGCUUUUUUUUCAUCACAUCCUCCGCCUGUCUGUUAAAGCCCGGCUCAGCAGUAAUUACUGGACUAUAUUAAAUGUUUGAUUGCCGACAUUUAUGCAAAUGUGUGUUCUUUUUUCAGCUGAAAUUGACGACAUGAACAUAUGCUAUGUCCUGAGAGAUGGAGACAAUGCUACAAAUGAUAUCUUCUCCUUCUCCAUUGAGGACAGUGGUGAGUUACUCAGAACAUUUUUUUAAAAACCAUCUGUCUGAUUUAGGGCUGGGCGAUAAAACAAUAUUGAUAUAUAUCAAAAAUGAAUUUUACUCGAUAUUGAUAUGAAACAUCGUCAAUAUGCUUUUCAGUAGCCGUUAUUCUGCCAUGUUUUGGUAAACUAUACGAAUAGCCAAUGAAAAGGGGAGUCUGCUUUCUCUAGUGCAACGCCUACGACAAAAAAUCGAAUUGUUUUGCAAAAGACAUGCUACCAAUAAGCACUGUUAAAUAUCAUUUAAGAGUAACAGGGAACAUUUAAUAUCGACUGAAAUGAAAAAUAUAUAUCUUUAUAAAUAUUUUUUUCCUAUAUCGCCCAGCCCUAGUCUGAUAGUGUUAUGCUGUUUUAUAACACCAAGGUUUGUGACACUAUCUCAAGUUUAUCUUUGACAAACUUGGACGUCUGAAAGAAGGAGCAUUUACGGGCCUGCAGAUGGGAGAGAUGGCAAGGGCAAAAGUUUUUCAUGUUUUUUUUUCUAGUGUGAGAAAAGAAGAACGAAUGAAACAGAAAAAGUAUUGCUGGAUAACUUUUGUUUAUGUCAUGCUCCGUGGAUUCCCAGUCAGCCAGCAGCUCCGCCGAAAAAUUGAAUUUCAGGGUUUCCACGCUCAUUAACCUUCGAUCUGGGAAGCCAGUAAGUCUUACUCUGCAGUUUGCAGCUUAGUCUCACCCAUGAUCACGUGUGUAAGGGCCUCCUAAUUUAGAAACUAAUGAUUGUUUUAGCAAGUAAGUAAUUAGUCGAGCAAAUUGUGAAGACCCUCCUCCCACUGCAGAUAUGUGAUCAGGCGCAGACUCAGGCACUGGUUUGAGGUAAUCAUGUCGGUGUUGCCGAUUAGCAGAAGCAGCGUGCCUGACAGUGUGUCCUUUUUGCUCCCCUUCAGCUGUGAUGAGUGAGCACAAAGGACUUCCCUAAUAGGGGCCCUCUUUUCCCACAAGCACCUCAGAGGGCCCCUGUGCACAUUUUCUCAUCUGGUGUCGCAGGAGUUUCCGCGGCUUCAGCUGAAUAAUUGACAGGUUAACAUCAACGCCAACAGGUAGAUGAGGCGCUAAUGAGUAAUGACUUAACUGCAGAGGACAACUUCUUAUCAGGAGUAUUAAAAGCGUGCUACCUGAGCUGCUGACUAGCGCAGAGCCCAGGCAGAGCUCUCAUUUGCUCAAUGAGGGUUCAGCUGGUCCAUUCAUUAUUGUUCCAAAUGGGUUAUUUGUCAUGGAGGUCUUUGUGCUCCUCUGUGUCUUUCUCUCUCUCUCCAUCUUGCUUGAUGCAGGAUGACAGACUCUGUAGAGGUAGUACGAAGCCUCCCAUUACUUUUACCCUCGGUAGAAAAGUUGAACAAGUCUCUGCACAGGUCUUCUUGUCUUCACUCAUAGUUGAAAGAAAACAGGAAGUAGAAUUGUUCGGUCACUUUAUAUAUCUCGGGGAACAGUGCCUCACAGUCACACAUAAAUGGCUUUACAAAUUGAUGAAGAGUUUUGUUGGAUGACCCGUCUGUAAGGACUCGACACGUACUGCACUGCAGCUUGUGAGGCAGUCAGUGAACAUUUUUUAAUAAGAUUUAAGCUGUGCUGGUGGCUGCCCUAAAUCCCCAGACAGAGCCUCCAGCUCUUUGAACAGUCGAACUCUAGAGGUGCUGAUGGUGUACACUGGCACACAGCUGCACUCUGUCAUGUUCAGCCGUGGAAAACACUCUCUUCCUCGCUGUAAGUUCAUCGGGAUAUUUACCAACUGCGCUCGGCUAUUUAGUCAUGGUGAAAAGUUGCUUUUAAUGUUCGCAGCUGCUCACUGGGAUUCCAGGAGCUUUUGCUCACAGCUGUGAUGAACCGAUUAUGCCACAGAGUUUGUGAUUGUAGUCAGAGGGUGGCCUUGUGUUCAGAUUAACAUGAUUUGCAAUCGGGAGACCGUUAAGGACAAAUUUUACUUUCAUGCAGGUUUGACAUUUAGUCUGUGAAAGUCAGAAACUUUUAAAAAAUACAUAUCUUUGUUUGAUUUUAUCUGAUAAAUUAUUCAACGUCUGUCUUUAUCUGCUAGUUCUCUACAAUAGCAUCAGGGUAGCACUUGACAUUGGGGCCGUACGAUUAAUUGAUUUUAAAUCGUAAUCGGACGAUGUUAAAAAAAAUGAAAAUCGUCAAAUUGAUUUUCCUCUCCAUCAUGUCUAGCGCCUCCAGGCCACCAUAGGCUCACCGUUCCCACUCAUAACAGUAUAAAAAAACAUGUCCCAAAAGAAAGUGGUAAUUUCUUGGCUGAAUAGGACAAGAGCGAGUCAGUCGUAUGGAAUUGGUAUGGCUUCACAGUUUCGGACGAAGAGCAAACCACUCCCCGCUGCGAAGUCUGUCUGAAGGCGGUAUCAACCCGUUCACACGGAAACGAAUUCAGGAGUAAACGCAAAAGUUUUUUGAUGUAUCGGCGUUUCAUCCACACGGAAACGGCAUUUCAGGUGACUGUAAACGGUACACAGUACUUUUUGAAAACGGUUCAGAGAGUGCAUAAAUUCAUAAACGACUACCACUUCAUCUCUGUGUAGAUGUCACACAGCGUAACUCUUUUAUGGCACCUGUGCAUGUCUGGUCAAAACAACCUAAUACGCCUGUGCAGCGUCACAGCGCCACUUACUGGCUUGGCAUAUACUCUGCAUCGUUUUCAGUGGUUUAAUUUUAAGAGAUGAUAGAAAAACGUAUUAUUCAAGUGAAGUUUGGUGAAGUUGACACUGAUUAAAUUAUUGAAAUCAAAAUCCAAAAAUCGAUUUUAUUUUUGGCCAUAAUCGUGCAGCCCUGCCUGACAUUGCUUCUUGCCUCACUAUUCUUGGAUUAGCGCCCCACACAACUGAUUGUUACAGGAUAUUUGCGGGCCCCUUUGUUAGGUUUGAAAACUUCACUGAUUUACAACUCUUUGCUCAUUACAAGGUAUGUUUUUACCGCAGUGGGACCAUUCGGGGGAAAGUGCCAAGCCAUUCAUUAUGCUAAAUCCAGAUACUCAUGGCAGUUUGACUCCUGACCACAAAGCUGUUUUGGCUGUUAAAGCUGAAAGUUUCCUCUGACAGAUGGAUCGUCUUGGUGCAGGCUCAGUCUUGGCUCUCACUCUGUGUCAUUUUAAAAAGGCUGUUCGUGGCUUCCUCUUGGCACUCGUCUGCAUUCCCAAUACUAAUAAUGACCUUUGAUUUAAUCUCUUCUUGAUUGUAUAAAAAAUUCUCAAAAGGAUAUUAAAGAUUUAUAGCUUUGAUCAAAUUAAUUCUAUGACUUACACUUGAAUAAAAGAUGCUCUUUCACAUAGUUGACUUGGGUACAUAAAAAAACACCAGAUGGGCUUUUUGUCACAAAUAACAGCAUGGUAAUCAGGCCACGUCCCAAAAUGCUGAUGAUUUUAAUCAGCAUAUGUAACAAUGAGAGGGGAUUCAUUAACACUGCUGAUUUUACCCUGCUGUAAAGGAACAGCCCACAACAAAUAAUAUGGAAAUCUGUUCAGAUCAUAUGGAAUUGGCGUUGUAAUGGUCUCCAACUUCUGAAGAUAGAAAGUCUUUUUCUGCUCUGGCUCUGUUUCUUUCAUUUAAGAAAGCUGUCGCCGUGCGCCUUUACUUCAUUUAAGUUUCCAGUGCCAGAGAGGAGAUAGCAGAGCUUAUUUUCUCAGAGCAGCUGCUCGUGUGACUUGUUAUUUGUCGAGCCUGUCAAAGCUCUGAAUGAAUAAUCACAGAGGACUGAAAUUACACAUAUUAAUUUUUGGGUGUCUGUUGACAGUCUUGGAGUAACAUCACACCUGGAUGGUGAAGACACAAUAAGAGGCGGGAGCCAAAAACCUCUUUAAUUACUUGGAAAGGGUUUUCUUUGUUAAAAAAAAAGAUUGGUAUCUGAGUGUGUGUGUGUGUGUGUAUGUGUGUUUGUGUGUGUGUGUCAUUCAAGGCAGUUAAUUGCUGUGUGUCAGUGCGCUCCAGUCCUCCCCCUGCCUCCUGGAGAUUCAGGUGCAUUCAGGUGAGCUUACCUGAGCACACACAAACCCCUGGCAUUCCCGAGCGCUUGUUUGUGGAGCUGAACCCCGUCUGCCUCCAGCCAGUCAGUCAGCAUCAGGGCUGUUCCUGCUGACAGACACGGCGCUCUGGCUUUUGUUUUUCUGUGCAGGCACUCACUGCCCUCUCAUUUUUUCUUUCACUAAGAUUCAAAGAGGCAGCAAAAGAUCAUUGAUUGUUCAGUCUGUAGACGUGGUCUUCUUCUGAGGGACGGGGAGACAUGUUUAGCAUGAUAAAUCCAGAGUAUGAAAGUCAAUAAUCCAGAUUUGUGGUGGAGUGGGUCUCAAAACAAAGAGCAAACUCCUGAGUGAAGCAUUCUUUAUUUUUUAACACGGCAGCUUGCAAAAGGUAGAAUUCUGCCUCUUUUUCUGCACCGACCUCAACAAGCAAGUUUUGUUUAUUUCUGCCUCAGUGACAAAAUGAAUUCAGGUCACCGUGAGUACCUCCAUUAAAUAAAUCUACUGAACCGUUUCAGCCUGCAGCCAUAUCUACCAUGUAGAUCUUCCAUGAUAUCAGCUCGUAAUCGCCUGUGACACUGAGUGCAUACCUGAAUGCAUCUACCUUGUCUCCCGCUUCCGUCUAAUCCCAGGUUAGGAGGGAUUAUCUUUCUCCCCAUGGCGUGCAAGAGCAUAAAAAAGUAAGGCAGAGCAUGCACACACAUGCAGUUGUGAGGUUAAUACAGACUUUGUGUAUGCUAUAAUAUCCACAUCACACUGCAGGUGAUGACUCUGCAGUUCCUCGUGUUGUUUCCAGCCCGUUAUUAAUGAAACUGUCUCCCCUGCACUUUUCUUGAGGGUCAUAACAUUCCUCUGUCUUUGGGACCUGAAGUAUGAAUCGUAUGCAUGAAAUACAUCGACCGCUUCAGCAAAUUACACAGGGAGGUUUUUGGAUGUUAGAUUUUCCUCACAGUCCAUCUGUACUGUAGCUAAUAAAAAAAUCAGGUAGUCAUUUCACUGUUAUUGGCAAAAUAUUUUGUGUGAAAACAUCUGGGACCUGAUUAGAGGAGCUGCUCCAGGGUAACACCUGCUUUAUUUUAGGAAUGAGAAACUGAAUUACGGAGAGAAUUUAGGCUAAUCGUUUUGAGAUGGAGAGAGAUUUACGCAGCUUUUCUGGUCCCCGGUGUCCUUCGUCCCAAACUUUGAAUCAUAAUUUUUUCAAAGGCCUGCAAUGCAGUCAUAUUUGUAAUAUUUAGUACUUGUCCUCUUUAAUGUGUGUGUGAAGAGCCGAGAUGUGAAAGCAUAUCUUGUUAGCCCCCGUAGCGACUUAUCAAACAAGUGAAGAACCUGUGCAGGGGUUGAAACAUUCAGUCUGAUCUGACAGCGAAUGAGCGAAUGUUGCUCCGCUUAAAAAAGAUUAAGAAGUCAUUAUUUAAGAUUUGCUCACCCCACAAGACUGCUGAUGACAGUUUUCAUUGUUAUAACAUCAAUUAUUAAACGGGACAGCGAAUGCCCCUCAGUUUUUUUUUCUUCUUUGGCUCAAGUUUGUUGGAUUAUUAUCAGCAAAUGUUUAAGUUUAACUCUCAUUUUGUCCAUUGUUGUUUCUGCUAAACCACCCAUGUUUAUUCAGAAAAGCAUGUUUUCUGUAUUAGAUGAGAGUCUGCAGGGACCGAAAAAGUGAGCCUCAGAUGCAUUAUUUAUGGACUAUGAUUUGGAAGAGCACUGACAAUUUAUGAUACAUUAUUCAGGCUGGUAGCAAUUGUGUGUCUCAUACAAUUUAGGCAAAAACUUGCUGCUGCUUCGGAGACUCUUUCCCCGUCUUGGAAACACGAGGAAUACCCUUCCUGAUAACUCCUCUCCUUUGUCUUAAUUGCUUCGAAAGUAAGAGUCUGCAGCCAAAUUCCCAAAAGUGCAGAGAGUCCAGGCCCAGGCUUGUUCCCUGGAUGAUGAUAUGUGUCGUCAUCCCUGCCUUAGGAUAUCAGUCUAGCAGAACUGGGGUUGUUCAAGCACUGGGUUUAUAGAAAAUCUUUGUUUUGUGGAAACAGUUUCCAGACUGUAGUGUUACGCUUUCACCAGAGCCCCAUGUAGUCAGAAAACCUGAUGAACACUAUCAUUUUAAUAUGCACUUGUAGCUCAGGUCAAAAGAAGAUGGGGGAAAAAAAAGUGUAAAAGCUGAAAUGUUUAUCUAAGUUGUACCACUUUGGCGGUUUUUGUCACAUCUUACAUGAAAAGAGAAAAACCAAAACUCUGUCUCUGAUGGGAGCGCUCUAAUUGGUGUUGUUUGAUUUUUUCCGUGUUGAAAAAUCUAAUAUUCCCAGAAAACAGCAUGAAACUCCGAGAGUAAGGGAUGCUGUAUUGGCUGGUGUGACAUCUCUCUUUUCACAGUAGCAGGGCUUUUGUUCAGUCUAGCAAAAUCACUCUGGAUAAUGUGUUUUUGGCCCCUGAAUCCCAGCAGUGGGCCAGAGCUGCUUCUCUCAGCCCGGCUGCAUGAUAAGCCUCUGACAGCUGGGCGAAGGCUGCGGUGUCACAGCCCUCUCCAGCUGAGCCGGGGUUUCAGGGCUGGAGCUUAAUGCAGGGUGCACUUUCUUUGACAAACACAUGCACAUUUACGCGCACACAAUUCAUCUGUCAUCUCUUCAUUGCAUGGCCAGCUGCAUGAUCCUAUAAUCAGAAUGAGGAGCUGGCAGCGCCGAAGAUUCUGGCCAUCAAAUACAGUUUAAUUGAUAACUGCUUCGCCUUUGAUUUGAAGCUGUUGUCUCAUUUGAUUACGGCGCCAUGAUGUGCACCAGGAAAACAGUAGCUGCUUUCAUAGUGAUAUCAUCAGCAUUUCAGCGUGCCAAGAAAAUACAUAGAGUAGAGGGGAAUUGAAAAUGUUACACACAGUUUGAAAGAAAAUCUCCUGAGAAGGUUUGCAUUUGAUAUCCUCCAUGUCAGGAGGGUGUCUUGAGAGUAGCUGGGCUCUCAUCUCAUAAAAGGUGUGGAUGAAACCCUUCAGGGAUAGUGAGUGUGUGUGUGAGUGUGUGUGUGUGUGUGUGUGUGUGUGUGUGUGUGUGUGUCAGACUUCCUCUCACUACCCCGUCCACCACCUGCUUUCCUCCAUAAGUGGAGCCUGAUAGGCAGGAUAUGAGAAGGCAUCUAGCUGAGAAAUGGGAGGGAAGAGCAGUCAGAGGAGAUGAAAGCUAGAAGUGCUCUGUUGGUCUCAGUAUCAGUGGGGGCAAGGCAUCAAGCUGCUUCCUGUCGCCUACAGCGAAGGCAUCAAUGUGCUGAUGUGCAGAUCACUCUCCAAACACCGCCUGUGUUGACAAGUUCUGAGGGCUAUAAGGUAGCAGGUCAAUUAAACUGGAGGUUCGAUUUAUCUCAAACAUAAAAAGGACUAAUCCCUUUGUAUUUUCUCGCUUUUUGGAAAGGAAACACGCCUGGAACUCUGUCCAGAGCUCGUGCUCACCCUUUCUCUGAGCGAGGAAUGUCAGCUAGUCCUUAUCUUGGUUUUCCAGUCUGUGGGCUUGUAGUUACACAUUAGCAGGCAAAUGGGAAACAAAGAUAGGCACAGGGCACAGGUUUAGACCACACGGCAAUCUGAUAGUGGUCACAGUUAAUUCCUUUAAUCCCUAAGUAAUUGGCUGAAGCUUUUACAAUUAGUACAACAUUUUUCUGUGGUACUUUAAGGGUUAUCGCUGGUCCAUCAGUGAAGUUAAUUUUUUUAAGCAUAUUGUGUUUCACAGUUGGCACAUUCGGUUUUGUGAAAGCUUUGGGGUAGUCAGCUAACAGAUUUAAUUUGCGCGUUACUUACCUUCUGAAGAGAGUUGAUCAUUUUUUAAAGGGCAUUUGGUGUGUGUGAGUAAAAAUGUCACGGAAAGAGCAGUGGGUGUAAAACCAACAUCUGUAUGCCUCUCAUGGUUAUCCCUUUUGACAUUUAGCUUUUGUCCUUCAGAUCUAAUGGUUUUUUUCUCUCCCCCUGAAAAAACCCCCCAUCACAUCUUAUUACUUUAUUCAGUCCUCUGGGGAUCCAGAUGUUUGUGCUCCAUGCACCAGGCUUUGCAUCUUUAUGUUAACUUUGCAUACUCCGGGUCUCUGAACAUCAGUCUGACAAAGAGGGCCGAUUUUAAAGUUUGCUCUUAUUUUGUUAAAAAAUGGAGGGACGUUUUAUCCGGUUUGCUGGUGGUUUAAAAGUUUCAAGGUUGUUUGCGAACUGUUAUCGUUAAAGGUGGGGUAGUCAGGAUUUGAGGAAGUACCUUCAAUCUUGAACGUAAACUCUACCCUUUCCAACCAGUUUUCCCCUCAGCUCCUCCUCUCCCCUCAAGCCCCGCCCACAAACAGACGCUCCUGCUUGCUUGUACCGUUCCAAUUAAAUUCAGUCAUAAUGCAGAUAAAUACCUCAGAUAAUUACAAAUGGGGUCCAGUCAACAUGAAAGUAAACAGCAUUGGUGCAGAUGUAGAUGCCAACAGACUACCAGCAAACACAAUGUUUGCAGGACUUCUACAACUAGGAUAAAGUGACAUAGUCCAGGACCCGAGGUCAACAGUUUAGCGGCGCUACAACACGCUACAGCAGGUCCGUUUGACAAGAAAUACUUCUGUUACAGACACUUGACUUACUUUGUUAAAGCGGUUUACCUGUCCAGCAGAAAGGUUACAGGGUCACCAAGAUCCCGAAGCGUCCCCCAUCAUUGUUAACCCGGCUUUUUUAGCUGUUGUCCAGAUGGUCUACCUCCGUUUUAAGCGCCUUUUAUUCCGCCAGAGUCUCCGGUAUUUACUUUGUUUUCUUGCUUGUGUCGGCAGUCGUGGCUAAAGGAGGAUUCAGACAAUUUUCUGAACUUUCUGGUUGGUUUCUACUGUCCGAUAUUGUAACACGCUAACUUUGUUUGGGCUCCUGAACGACACGGGGAAGCAGGGUCUGCCUCAAAACCAAUCCGGUUGGGGAGGCGGGGAAUGGCUUCAUUUACAGUCAAAAAGAGUGUAGCGCUCUGAAAUUUUAAAAUGUUGACUACACAGAUUUAAAACACAGCGAUAUCGUUAUAUGAACAAGUGUCAUCAAUGACUAAUAACUAUUGACUGAGAUUAAAACCUUUUUUGUAUAAACACCACAAAAAAAGUUGGUUCUUUAAUGGAUUCCUGCCUACCUCACCUUUAAGUUUGCUCUUAUUUUGUUAAAAAAUAUAGAGACGUUUCAUCCUUUUUGCUGGUGGUUUAAAAGUUUCAAGGUUGUUUGCGAACUGUUAUCGUUAAUGCAUUUAUCUAACUAAAACUAGACGCUGUAAUACUGUACGCUAAGUUUUCAGUUUUAACGUCUUUAUAAUGUGUCAGGAGGUGAAUUUGAUUUGCACGCAGGUAAAUAAAUUAGCCAUGCACCGUUUAAAAAACCAUCAGUUUAAACAACAUUAGCAGCAGCAGCAGACUGGGGUCACACAAACCUUCUGUAAUAAUAACAGACUGAAGCUUAUCUAGCUGGUCUAAUUCAGGUAGGAGGUAUAUAUGCAGUAUUAGAGUGAAGGUAUAUGCAGUCAUUUUUCAUAAGAUAAGGCUGUAAGGAUCCCCAGGCUGCAAAUUAUAUGUUACACAAACAAUUUGACAAAUAUUAUCAUAUUUUUAUUUAUUUAUGAAACUGCCGGAGUGUGCGAGACAAAUUUAAAUUCCCCAAAAAAGACCCUCGAAGGUUGUUUGUACUGUUAUUUAAAUUCAGGAAGAAAACUCGCACCCUGACUGUCAUGAUAAAAAAAAUGUUAGUCUCCUUAGAAGUAAUCUUCUUUAACUCACAUGUUUGUGUUUUUGAACUCCGGGUCUGUAUGUCUCACGCUAAUCUUUAGUCCAAUAUUACAAGAGAAAGACAAUGACAACGGUAAAUCCUUACACAUCCCCCCCCCUCUCUUUAAGAACGCAGACUAGCAUGCUUAUCUUUUACAUGCAGGUUUGCACAGUUCUACUUGAAAGCUUCUUUUCACCAGUUGUAAACAAAAACCAGAGUCAUUUAACACUUCUUUAGGAAUUACCAUUUGAGCCUUUCAUGGAACGUUUUCCCUCUCCGGCAAAAAGCCUUCCUACAUGUGAGGAUUUGCGGGCAACAACUGUGAAAUUCAGCUGAAACAUGUUGUUAUAAAUGAAAGCAAUUGAGGCCGGCCCUGAGAACAGCCUCUACAAACAGUGAGCUUGAUUAGUAUGGAGCGCAUGAGUCUGUGGGACUGGGUUUAGUUUUAUAUUCUAUGGCCUCACACUGCUGCUUUCAGCAAACAGUCCACCAUUAUUCGGUCUGACAAGAGAACAAACACUGCACAUUCAGGGGUCAAGAAAAGCACGUCCCCCUCUCUUUGUCGAGUCCCCUCAUCCUGCAUCUUUAUGUUGCGUUGUUUUUUUUUUUUACAGAUUUUCACACUUUCCCUUGUAUCUGCUUGUUAUUUCACUUCCUCUAUUCUUUUCUAUUCUGUCACCGGCAGCACUGAAGAGUUGAGGUACAUCCAAAGUGUGUAUUUUCAACAAUGCAAUCCUUUCAGCUCCGGGGAUACACACAAAUUGUUGUUUCCCUGUGCUCAUCUUUUAAGGCAGAAAAUGUGUGAAAUGAUUUGUUUUCUUGGAUAAAAGUAAAGGGGUGUUUUUUUCAUUUAAACCUGUCAUAUAUUCUUAGAGGUUUGGUGAGGUGUCAGUUUCCUCCGCUUGGAUACAUUCCCUCAUUCAUAGUACCUAAUCAUUUUCAGUGAGUCAGAGAUAUGCACCCGGAGUCGUAACUUUGGUCCUGUGGCCAACAGGGCUUUGGUACUGUACGUAAUUGUCUGAUAAUGAGCGAGAAACUCUUGAUUUUAAAUCCUCAAUGACCUUUACAUGGCAAAGAAAGGCCUGCAGCUGCUAAUUCAGCCUUUUGUUGUUAUUUCCCUCGCCGCUGAGAGUUGAGGCUUUCGCUCUCUAAACUGUGUGGCUGACUGUUAAUUAAGACACUCGAGGCUGCAUCCUCUCUGACAGACAGGAAUGCCAUUCAAGGGCAAUCAAGGAGUACUUUGUCAAAGCUCACCUACACAAUCGAACAAAGCCCUCAGCUGAGACGUUUAUUAUGACGUCUUUUGGACGGAGCCUGAAACACAACCCUUGCUAAAUGAUUAAUUUACUCAUCUACACCGAGAUACAAGAGAAUUACACAUUUUAUCUCUUUUAUUUUGGACGAACAAGACCAGACAUGAAAGGGAAGAACUGAAGCGCCUGAAUGCCAGUGUUAAUAUACUUAAAUUAUUCAGAUGCAGCAUUUGUAUUCAAAAAGGAGUGAAAGGUGGUUUCUAAAGCUGUCCAGUUUUAGGGGAAAAAAUGACUUCAUUAGUGACAAUAACUUUGCCAACAAGGAAAAAAAACAUUCUUGGAGCUUGGUGCAGGAUGUACUGAAAUAAUUUGUGCCAACUCCAGUAUGAGCAGCCUGUUUUCAGCCCUAAUGAUGUUGUCAUGACCAGGGAUGAGUCUUGACGGUGGGUGCUUGGCAGGACACCCCGUGCUCCGAUUUGGAAAUCAGCAACCCGCAACAGUGCAGGAUUUUUUUUUUUUUUCUGCAGAGCUGUGCAUCCAGUUUGAAACUUGCUAAGCCUUAAGGUGUUUGGAAAGAUUCUGUUUCAACUAAUAUGUCCAGGCGAGGCUAAUAGGAUUAAACUUGAAAAACCCAGAGUAUUUGCAUGAAUGCAGUGCCAGUAAUUUCUUGUCACAGAUAAGUAGUGACCCGAGCAAAUAUCCAAAGAGCGCUCUGUUCGGCCUUUUUCUUUCAACCGUUUUCACUUUCAUUUAGUUUGUAUUGAUCACUUAAAGAGUCGUGUCUUCAGCCAGUGUGUGAUUUUGUGAGUGUUUUCUAUAAUUAAGGACUACUGACGUCAUUGUGGGGACACUAGAGCGUGAAGUGGACUCCGCUGACAGGAGUGACCUCCCCCUAGAGUUGCUCUGUGCAAUAUUUCCUCCGUCACGUUUCUCUCCGUGGACACAGAUAAAGGAGUCUGAGGAAGGGUGCUGCUACUGCUGGGUGACUCAGGAAGAAACUCAUCAAACAGUUUCCACAGCUCUAAGUCGCUAACAUCCUGCCUGCCUAAACAGAGGAACAUAAUAGUUUAUCUUUGUAGGCUGCAAACAAUAAAGCACCUUUACAUUUACUAUUGGAUCAGUAGCAAUUGAGUCAAAAAUCUAAUCUUGCUUUUGAAUUCUGGAAACAAGUGGAGCACUAAGUCUUGGAUCACCUCUAGAGUUGUGGUUCAGAUGUUAAUCUCAAAGAACUUCCCUGCUGAGAGAAAAGUCUUAGUUGCUUUAAGCUCCGAGUGGCUUUCUGACCCAGCACUUUUGUUCAGACUUGCCUUUGGCCUUUGUUUCAGAGAACUUCAAAUGUCGCCUCGGAGUGACCACUGUGUCAGAGUGGACGCAGAGGCGACAGCAGCCGGAAUGGACCCUGCAGAGCGGCCGUAUUUAUGGCGGAGCUGUCCCCUGAAAGGCUCUGCUGAUAGAAAAGAGUUUAGGGCCUGUGAAAUCAUAACAAUUCAAAGUCUUUCAAGCUAUGGCCAACUCGUUACUGCUGAUACCAGGCUUAGGGUGAUUAGACCAUAUCUCCCUCCCUCUAUUGCUCACUCUCUCUCUUUCUCUCCCCUCUGCCAUGUGGUUUCUUUCCUUCAGCAGGAUUAUCAUAUCUCUUUUCCCUUAAUUGGAGAGAUGAAAAGUAUGCUGGUACGGGCAGGAGCACUUACAACCUUUAGACAAUGCAUGUGGUGGAGUUAACAGAAGUUGUAAUGAUGGCGUUUACUUCCUAAAAGUAACAAUCAUGUAUUUUCUUUUGAGCGGUGCAUUCUUUCAAUUAUUCAGUAACUUAAAUGUUAAAUCAGCUGACCACUUUGUGUCUUAUUUUUACUUUUAAUGUGAUAUUUAAGAAGAACUUUAAUGAGGGUUUGUAAGGUUUACUUUUCUGGUGGCAAAAAUAGGGCUGGGCGAUAUGGCCUCAAAUCGAUAUUACGAUAUAUUGAGCAGUUCACCUUGAUAGCGAUAAAUGGACGACAACAACUCCAUAAGCUGCUCACCCCUUCCCACAUUAACUUUGUCUACUUCAGCUGCUACAACUUUUGAACCGUCCUCCAUCUCCUCACCUGUCUUUCCCUCUUUGUUACGGACUGGAUGGGGUGGAGUCACGUCUCUGACGUAGGACAGUAUCUUAAAGGGACAUGAGACCAAAGCCUACCUACACACAUGCAAAACCAACUUUUAUUUAUUUAUUCAUUUUUGUCACCGAAUAUACCGACAUGGGCAAAAUGACGUCAGUUAUUGCCGUAAAUUUCAGUAUCGGUAAAUCUUCGGUUUAUCGCCCAGUCCUAUCACUGUCUCUAGGAAAACAUCUACAAUACUGCGUUACAUUGGUGCACUUUGGGUCGGGGUUUGUUUGCAACUUUAUGGGCGUGUUUUUUCGUAGAUUAUCAGCGUAACAUAAAGUACCACUCAGACACAUUCAUUACAUUCACUGAAUGCUUUAUUUAUUUAUUUGACGCCAAAUAUAUUGACAUGGGCAAAAUGAUAUUGCUAUUGUUGUAAAUUUUGGUUUCUGUAGAUCUUCGGUUUAUCGUCCAGCCCUACAUUUGAAUGCUGUAUCGGUUUAAAGUUACUGCAUGUCACAUUGUUGAAUCUGUUAGCAGGGGAAGUCCAUUUGAAGCAUAUGGUCAUUCAGUAUUUUUAGCUGCAUUGUCAGUUUCAAAGAAUUCGCAGGAUAGUCCCGAGUUAUCCGGCCUAAUCAGUGUACUGCUGGCUUUGUGGGCAAAGUGCCGCCUGUCUGUCUCCCUGCCUGAAUGAACAGACGGGGGUCCACGGGGCAUCGAUGCCCUGUGAUGCUUGACGGUGACCAAAUAAGGGCUGUCUGCUACAUGUAUGCAGGGAGGAGACAGGGGCACCAAGUUGGCACAGUCCGGUCUCUCACAUUCUUUGGCCUCUUUCAAAAGGCUUCUGUCCCUCAUCGCACAUCCACCGGUACAGACCCCGUAUAAAGAAGUGCAGCCGCAGGAUUUGUUCAGGCUGAUUUUUAUGAACUAGUUUGAGGACUAGACAAGACUCCAGAUGACUUGGACUAACAGUUUAGAUGUUGAUUAUCAUUCAACCAUAUGUAUUUGGUUAAAAUUCAUUCGAGUAAAGCUCAUCCACCUGUUAUGAACACAUUAAAAACUUGUGAUGAUGUAUGCUCCUGCACCAGAGCGCACCGCAUUGCAGAGACUUGCACAUAAGAGACAGAUAUUGUUCACUAAAAUAUGUCUCGGUGCAUUGAGUGCGGGUUAAAGAUUAACUCGGGUGUUUUCCUUUGAGGCCUCUUUGAAGUGGACUUAUUCCAGUCUCUGCUUAUCUUAAUUAGAAAGAAAUCUGGAGGAGUGAAGUGGUCCUCUGAAAAUGAGCACCUUCACUCCCCAGUGCCCCACAAGGCCACACUGAAGCUUUUUUAUCACAACUCUAAGACCUCUUAAACUCCAUAUUUCCUCGUGUCACGAUGGGAUUGUAUUGUGUUUGAAAAAUGGAAGCGCUGCUGUGGAAGUAUCCUCCUCAGACUUGCUGGAUAUGAAAAAUGAAUAAUUGAUGGAGCCACUUGAUGUUUGCGAAAACUGUUGAAGGCAAACAGGUGUUAAAUGGGAUUCAUUCUGAAGGGAAGAGCUGCCUCUUUGAGGUUCAGCUUGAUGUGUGGGCUGUUUUAAAAGUGUCAUGUAAGUAAUUAUGCAAAACAAGACGCCACUUAAUGGUGUUUUUGAAAUGUAUGAGGUAGUUGGGAUAAAUCCUACAGAAAAUGGUCUGAAAUGGGUUUGUGUUUGAUUACAGUCAUGAUGCAAAUCAUUUAUAGUCUCCAUUUUUUAGAAAAAUGCUUCAGAACUUGAGUGUCAGCUGCGUUAAAGCUUUUACAAAGCCUGUGCCAACGUGUGAAGUCGGAUAAAUAGACCGUCUCUGUUUCCAUUUCUUCAGUGGAGCACGACUCCUUCACGUCUCACAGAUCACACAUGCAGUGUUUACCGGUGGCAUGCGUGCCAUGCUGCUGGCGGUAAUCCAGAUGGAGUGGGGAGGUCCUGUCACACACAGGUCGCCUGUCUCCACAAGACGGAUGUGGAACUCACAGAGAGCAGAAACCAAAUAAACCACAAAAAUGUCUCACCUGAGACGAACACUGCGUCUGCACAGACAUUAUUCACUCCUAUAAAGUCCCACUCUGAUCAUUCUUUUCAAUAAUUAAAAGUGUUAUCAACGAUCUUUAAAUUGUGAUUAUGAAGUUUUCGUCACGUUUUAGGGUGAAACAAAAAGGGGAAGGACUCAAGUGCAGAACCAAAAAUGAUUUAUUUAAAAAUAGUGAAACAAAAAGCAACAAAAACUUAAUUCCAGAAAUGUCCAACUAAAAACCACAAGGGCAAAAAACAACAGACGACACUGGGGGAAAAAACCACAAGAAGACACUUGAGACACACAGGGGCAUCGACAUACAUUCACACAGACCACACACACAAUGAACAAACAGGAAUACAGGGGAAGACAGGGAUUAUAUAUACACACACGGGGAAACGAGUAACGAGAGGCAGGUGAGACACUGAGACACAGGUGCAGACGAUUACAGAGGAGGGAAAACUGAGGAAGUGGAACAAGACUAGAAACACAGGAAAUAAACUACUACAAAAUAAAACAGGAAACACUGAAAACUGAUAUAAAGGAUAAAACACAGAGAACAUGAAAGAACAAGACAGGACAGAAAAAUGCAUGUAGACAACAAGAAAAACAUGAUUUUCAUUGGAGUGGGUCUUUAAAAUGUUUGUUUUUCUUCUGUUUUUAUCUUUAUCUAUUGCUAUUUUCUGUACAAAAAUCGUUUAAGAUUCUCAGAUCAUUUCCUUAAACAGAAAUCAUGUUUGGUGUUCAUUUUUUAAACAUGAUUGCACAGUGUCUUGCCAACAUUUUUAGUAAGAUUAGCGCAUCGUUAUUAAAUUAGGUGAUGCUCUCGACAUGAUGCGUAUUACCAUCAAUAACAGAGUACAAAAGUGACUUUGAUGACUUGGGAGCCAACCAAAUAACUCUCCUUCACGCUUAUUUACUCUGCUAAAUGGACAUCUUGUUUGAAGAUGGAAGUGUCACUUAAUUAAAAAUAAUUUGGUGGCACGCAACCUUAAAGGAAAUGCUGAGACAAAUUCCUCUCAUGGUAUGAAGUGUGACCAAAACAAAGCUCUUAACCGUAAUAAGGUCAGAGACUCAUUAGCAGCUUUGUACUCGCAGCAUUCGGCUGUGUGGAAAAUGUGUCUCUGAAGUUAAAAACGACUAUUUCUGAGAGAGAUGAAGCGGCUCUGUGUGUGAGAAUUUCUGCAAAUGUACACAAGUAAACGAUUCAAACAUUUUGUAGUGUGAAUUUUGCCAGACGGAGGAGAAAAGAACAGUUUCUCGUCUCCAUUUUUCUCCAUUUUUCUUCAAAGCUUCCUCAGGCUUUUGUCCCAAUUACUGCUCAGAGUCGACAUCACAGUCUCUUUCUGACGUUCCCUCUGAACUAGAACUUCCAGGAACUAUCGCCCAAUUUCCAUAAGACUGAUCACUGUGGGUAACCAAAGCUUAAGCAAUAAAUGAAGGAAAGUCAUGUUUCUGUUGCUUUACUGUCAGUCUUUUUAAGCUUAGGGGAUUUUUCGGAUAUUUAAACUGAAUUUCAUCAGUGUCUUGUUUUCGUUAGUUUCUGCACUGACAGAAAAAAAAAAAAAAGCUCUGAACAGGUGCAGUGAACAUUCCUCACAUACACACACACACACUCGUAAAUGUAUGCACCCUCACACAUAAUAAAACACUCAGGGUGAAUGUGUGCGGGUCUCACCGUGUCUGUCGAGAGAGGAAAUGAACACAGCGGAGCAGUCAGCUUGAUGUUACAAAUUUACUGACCAGAACAGCAGGGGAGGGUGCGGUAAAGAGUCUCAGUCGUCCAAAACACAAACAACAGCGACACACUUAAACCUCUGAACAAGGCUCCUGCACACUGCUCUUAGUUUUUCUUUUACUCCCCCCGUCUGAAGAAGUGGCAGAUGUUUAGUGUCUCGGUCAUCUGUGGCUCACCAUCGAGUUCAGGAAGAAGAAGCAGUGGCUCUGAAACCUGGUUGAUGUGAGCACAAACAACACACAGAACUGGAGAUAUGUCAACACUGGAAUCUAGUGUGACAUCUUUAUGAGUCUGUGUGUAUUUAUCUUUGCACAUUUUUCAGUGUGUGUGUGUGUGUGUGUGUUUGAAGUCUGUUUUGAGUCUUUUAGGUCAAAAGGUAGCAGCGAUACCCGCCAGGACCGCAGCCCUGGCCUUUGAAUUCGACUUCAAAAGAUAAAGAUAGAGCGGCCAAGUUCAGACAGGAAACACACACCUUUUAUCUUAAUUAGGAACAAAGCAAUUAGUCUGCACAAACUCUCCUCUUUUUGCAUAAGCGCUGCGCUCCCUUCAUACCACCCACUGAGCGCUGGCUAAGUGUGUAAGCUGAAUCCUAAAGGUAUCCAAAAGCUCUCUAUUAAGUGUAAAUGAAAAUCCCUGUUCUGUUACAGUAAACCAAGUAUGAGAUGAUCGGGGGUCUUCAGUCUGUGUUAUGAGGUGGGGGGCUUUUUGGAGAAACAUUAACAGAACCGUCUCUUUCUGUCCGCAGGAGGCAACAAGCUGAAGAACCAGCAGUUCCGCCUGAACUGGGCCUGGAUCUCUUUAGAGAAGGAGUACUACGUGGUGGAUGAGCAGGUCAAGUUCCUGGAGGUGGUGCUGAAACGUCGGGGCUACCUGGGGGAGACCUCCUUCAUUAGUAAGCAGACACUAUCUCUGGUUUUAUGAAGUCACCUGUGAGAGAAACUUUAUCAAAGUUCAUAAUCCCAAAAAGUUACAGGAGAGCACUAAUACAUGCACCAGAGUAACUUAUUUAAAUCAUUGUUUUAUUCACAGAUCUUUUGACUGUACUGAACUUUUAGAAUCCGUUCGUUAAAAUGAUUCGUUCAAAAGAUUCGUUCACCGAAUCAGUCAGCGCUUUGGAGCCCCGUCCUGCCGGGUGCAAUACACAAAUCUUUUAUUUUGUGGGAAAGUGGAGAGGUUAAAAAUAAAUAAACAUUGCAGCUGUAGUGGGGAUUCUAACGCUUUUAAAGAUAUCAAGUAGCGUAUUGCUUUAUAUCAGCUGAAAUUUAGUUCCAGUUGGUAGUUUGCCUGGACUAACAUUUGGAGUGGCGCCUUGGCGUUCCUAAUUGGCUGAACGAAUUGGUGCUCUACAGUUUGUGAACCAUGCUACGCCCCUCCCUCCUCUGCCUGCUUCAAGUCAUCUGUUUCGUUCAUGGUUUGACUGAAACAUGUCGUUCAUUCUCUGUGAGCAAAUCACCAGACUCUACCCGCCCGCCCGCUCACAAACUGGCUGUGUGUCGUUCACCCAAGAGUCAAAGGCGGCAGUUUCACUCCGGCACGCCAUACCCACAGCUGAGCUCAACUGAACUGAGAAAGGAACGAACCAGGUCUUGGAGUGAUUCACUCAGCAGUUCCUUUCUUUUGAACGAAUCAUUCAUGCACGACGUAACACUACCGUAUUUUUCGCACUAUAAAGCACACUUAAAAUCCUUUUGGCUUGUUGGAGCACUGCAGCUACCAUAGCCUUGCAGAGUUAUUGACUGUUAUGUCUGGCUUAAUGCGCCUUAUAAUCAGGUGCGCCUUAUAGUGCGAGAAAUACAGUAAUCAGAUCUGCACCAUGAAAACCUCUUAGGAGACUGAUUUAGAAAUGUGUCGCUAACCAGAAAUGAUGUCAAAGAUAAGAAAAAAAACUAUAUAAUCUUCUUUUUUUGCGUAUAUAUUUAUAUAAGUAAAAUUUUAAUACUCAGAGAAGGAAACAAACUUGAUAAAAACGUUACUUCUAGUUUUGGGAUUCUUUAUAGACGCUUUAAUUUUUUUCUCUGGGCACCUGCUCGAGGCAAAGUUCCAGAGAACUACACUAUUAAAAAAAUUAUGCACAAACACACACAUACACACACGUACGCAUGCAUUUAGGUCAGUUUUACGACGACUCUAAGGUUGGCCUCAACACCUUUAGGAGUCAGAGAGUACACGACCUUUGACCCGUGUUCUCUGCUGAGUAUUUACGUUCCAGUUACACAAAGCAAGGGAGCGAUUUCUCAGCGGCUGCAGGCACACAUUAGAAAGGUCACUCAAAGUUAGUGGCCGGGGGAAGGCGCCACUCCAAAUGUUAGUCCAGGCAAACUACCAACUGGAACUAAAUGAACAAUAACUGUACCCUUCCUCUCACAAAAUCCUAACUGCUGCGGGGAUUUAUGAGUGGCAGGAAUUCUAACUGCUGGCACCAUUGGCCUUUUUAGUGCCGCCAUUUAUUCUGUCCAUAAAGACGAGGUGUGAUUAAAAUGACCCGCUGUUAAAGGUCAAAACCCGGUAGGAUCAUUCGCUGUUCUGUCGCCUGUAUCUCUGUAUGCCUCGGGGUGUCAGACUAAUGAAACAUCUCUGAGGUGAUAUGCAAAUUCAACUGACCUUUUUAUGCCUCACACUGUAUGGUAUAUCUACUCUGCCUCAUUAACUCAGUGAACUAGAAAAAUGCGCUUUUAAAGGCAGAUUGUCAUAUACUCUUUAGAUGGACACAGAAAUUGACUUUUUAAUCCGUACAGCUUAUAUUUAGUCAUUAGAUAUGAACUCAGUAAAUCGAUAACAACGUGAAAAUGCUAUAUCCUGUGUAUGGAGCUCGGGCAAAUAAACAAAUAAUGACCCUUGUUUGUGUUUUCCGUAGCAUCGCUGCUGUUUUAUUAAUGACUCACUGCAUUACAAAUUAAAGAAGCUGUGUUUUGAACUUUGGAUGCACUCGGGUUCCGUAGCUCGGAGGAUAAAAAAAAAAAAUGCCCGGUGUUUUCAUAAUGUCCGAAAUGGCUCUUCUGUGCUUUUAAGUCCAAACCCGGGCUGUUCACAGAGCUGCUUUUGUAUGAUUGAGGCAAGAUGAAGGGGAGCGAUAAUGGAUGAGGGAGGAUGCUGUACUUAUCUGUGGCGAUAGAAAGCGCACAAAAGAAGCUGUAAUUUCAUUUUUUCUCCUUAAGUCAGAAAAAUUCAAGUCGAAAUGCCCCAACGGUGAAAAAAGCUUCUCUUUCUAAACAUUUUCAUUCUUGUUUUCUCACUGCAAUAAGUGCAGAGCAUUUUACAUUUUACCCAGGCUUCGGUUCUUUGAUCGUACACCACAUGCAGCAGCACUUAGUCUUAUAAAACAGACUCAUUAUUUAUUUCUAUAAAUAAAGAGACAGAAAUUUGAGUGAGCUGUUUAGUUCAUGUGUGUUGUUUAUGUUGCAUGAGGGUUUUAAGUCUUCAGAAAUUACAACAACUCUAAAACCGCUUCCUGAGGUUUAUUUUGAAUAAUUGGACAUUCAUCAUCUGUCUUUGCAGCGUUUCCCAACAGUCUCUGACUAAAUAAAUGUUUUCACUGUUUUCUCACGUUUGAGUCCAACUCUGAUCAGACUUUGAAAGACUUCAAAGCAAAAAGUAGGAAAUAGUUUUAAUUCAUCUCCGCGAACAGGAGAGACCAGAGCAGCCUGACAACUACAGCCACCCAUCUGCCGCUGUGCUGGGAUGAGAUAGUGACUGAUCCCAGGCCAGUGCGCUCUCAUGAAGACUGAGGAUAUCUCUUCUUGCUGAGCCCUGCUUGAGUGAACACUGAUCAGAGAAGCCCACUGGUGGGCUCCUGCUUCAUUGGUCGAUGUGCACAGCGCAGGUGGCGCGGGUUUAGGGGCUUCGGCGAGCCCACCAGCCCUGCAGCCUCAGAGUGACUGCUGACAUCAGGACUAAUCCAGUCCUGCAUUGUGAAGGAGAUAGUACUCGCUCCUCUCCUGGCUACUCUUUGAAGACUGCUGGUUUUUUGAGCACCGUUGAGCUUGACCAUUUUAUCUCGGCACAUAUGUGGAGGGGCUGUCUGCACUUGCAUAUCAAAGCCCAUUUUUUAUUUCCAUCAAAGGACAGGAUGGUAAUUUCCCCAAUAAAGACCAGCUCAUGCAUUUCUCAAUCUGUGGUCUUUUGAAGAUCUUGUGUUUGGUCCUCAUGUGAUUUUUCAGUUUCUCUUUCUUCCCUUAGAGUUGAAGAAGUUGGGAACAAACUGCAUUUUUAAGAAAUCUUUUUACUGUGGUCCUCCAUUUAUCCAGUCUUUUAUUCAGUAAUGUUCAGAAGUCUACUUCCUAGUUAGUGCGUUUUUUUGUGGGCGUUUAGCAAAGACGAUGAAGAGGCUGAGUGACGUGUCACCGGCUUGAAUGCCCUCCUUAACAGGAAUCCUGUCAGCGUCCCUUCUAUAGGGACUAUAGGUCCCAUUAAACUGCCCUCAUGUUGAAGGUCAGAAAACGCAAGACAGCAUCCAGCUGCUGAGACCAGGAUGACAUCGAGGUAAUUGGUUUUAUUCCCUCCAUGGCCAAACAGUGGAGGUGUGAAAGCAGAACAGCUAGAUUGGAGGAUAUUGUCACUUCAGACAAACCUCAGAGCCUAGUUGUUGUGGUUCUUGUACAUGUAAUGCAAGGACCAUACUGGCAGAUGAAAUGUGGUCCAGCUCUUCUGGAUGGAAGCUGCAUUGGCGCUUUCUCACCCAGUCUUGCAUUUGUUUUGUGGACUUGGAAAAGGAGUAAAAAGGAGGCCUAAUCGCAUCCCCUCGGGCAGCCCUGCGGGGGGCGGCUGGGCUCGGCUCUGUAGAUAGGGUAAGAGGAUCAGACAUCCAGAGGGAGAGUCAUUAGAAUCAAAAGGAGCUAGUUAGUUAGAGAGGUGGAGCAGACAUUGAGGAUAACAUGAUCAAUUUGUUUAGUCUUUAGCCUGCUGUUCGUGUCGCUCAUGCAGAAACAGAAGAGAAAAAUGGACGGAUGCAGAAUUAGGAUGAAUACAAUUCAGAGAUUUAAAUAGAUGAUUAAAUGGAUUACUAUUACUAUUACUAGGGUUACUAUGUCUGAACCAAAAACGGAGCAAAGAGAUAAGCUCCUAUGAUAAGAAUGAAGCAUGACCGUACACGAUAACGACGAUAACCCAGUUUCCCUGUCUUUCCACAGGCAUCGGCACAAAGGAUGGCACGGCGGAAAAGGACAAAGAUUUUCGGGGGAAGGCACAGAAACAGGUGCAAUUCAACCCGGGCCAGACCACAGCCACCUGGAAGGUCCGGAUUUUGGCAGAUAAUGAGUACGAAGUGUCGGAGAACUUCCAGAUUGUUCUGUCUGAGCCGGUGAUGGCUGCACUUGAAUUCCCAGAGGUCGCAACCGUGGAGAUCUUGGACCCUGAUGAUGGUCAGUUUCAACAAAUUUAAAACGAAUUUCUUAACUUGCUUAAAACGAGGCUCUUUUUUGGCUCUGACUCUGGCUUCGUUUAGGCUGAGGAAUGUCUUUACCAUAGCCAGAGCAAUGUGUGGUUAGAUCUGGUGGAGGAGGAGGAGGAAGGGUGUGUUUCAUCCAUCUGUCUGAGAGCAUCGAGCGUAAAAUACUGAAUUAGUAUUGAAAGCAAAAUGUAUUUAAGGCUGGAGGAGAAUGUUAACAUCUUGAACCUGCACUGAUUAAGAUGCUAGCUGUAUACCGUGCAUGCAUGUGCUGUAUGUUCCUUCCACAAGCAUAGAUACACAAGGUCAAAAGGACACGGAGAUAAACAUGCUGACUCCCUCCACAUGUGAGACGGGCGCUGAAAGAAGGGCUGAACUGCAAACAGCUGGACUGCAUUAGAAAAACUGCAUAACAUAAAUAUUGAUAAUGCUUCUCCUUAUGCCACGGCGCUUCAUUGUGUGAAAAAGGAGAAUUUUGCUGUCAACAAUUUGUACUAAUUAACAUUUUCGCUGCACAGACCUUCAUUCUCUGGAGUCCAAUCAUCCAAACUGGCAGCUAUCUCUCUGCAAACUGGAAAAUUGUCUUCUUCUUCUUUCUUGUUGUUGUUACUCCUCUUUUCUUGCAACAGCUUCGCUUUAGAUCAUUUCAAUUAACUGUUUCUUUACCUUCAAAAUAUCUUUGCCUCUCAAGGUCGGACAAAGUCUGCAGGCUUAUAAAAAAAGUGUUGUGUGUCUUUUGAAUAAUAGCAGAAAAACGCAGCUGCCCUAGAGCUGCCGCCAUAAGAAAAUAUAUUGUUUGACAUGAAGCAAGCUGGAGCGGCUCAGACUGAGUGUUAAAUAACGUGAAGCGAAAGAGAAACCACAUUAGUUUUUGAGUGCAUGGUUUCAGGACAGGAAUGAAAAGGUCAAAUUCUGUUGAUUCACUGACACCUUGUUAAUGUUGUUGAAUAAAAAAACAAAAGCUGGAGUCUGAGCUCGGAGGAUUUCACAGCUGAAACAUUACAAGCUCGUUAACUUCCUGAUUGUCGUUCGCGGCUCAUAGAAGGAGGGAGACAAAGAGAUGGAGAGCUGCCAGUGAAAAACAACCGCUUUGUUUUGCAAAUGAAAGCACCUUUUUUAUUCAAGCUCAUUUAAACCGACAAUCGACUUCUUAAAUGAAACGAAAUGUGCAUGCGUGCGUGUGAAAAUGAUUUGUUGAUUUCCAGUCUCUUAAGGAUGCCCGGGUCUUUUUUUCUAAUCAGUAUUUUUACAGACAUUAUCCACAUCCGGCUGUAUCACUAACUGGGUCAAUUACCGGAGCUGUCUCUCUGUAUUAUCAGUGUAAGCAGCCUCUAGGUUAGAAUAUUUACUGCAGAUAAAUCAACAGUAGAUGGAGGCUUUUAAUUAAACAUGAUGGAAGCAUCAGUGGAGCAGUAAUGAGAGCAGUCAUUGGUCCCAGUGUGUUGGCUGUUAGCCUGCAUAAUGAAAGCUUCUGAUUGAAAUCCUGUCACAUGUGGUUUCAUGUUUAAAGGAAUUUUCUCUUCCUUCAUCUGAUCGGCUUCUUCAGAUCAUUCAGUUCAAUUUAGAUGAUGUACAGUUUGACUGCACACGUGUCUUCUUUACAAGUCAGAGGACGUUGAACUUAAAGGUGUUUAGAGAUGAUACCGCUGCUGUACAUCAAAGUGUUGCGCUCAUAUUUGCUGUUGAUUUUUUUCUUCACAUCCAGAGUCGACAGUGUUCAUCCCGUCUGCUACAUACCACAUCGAGGAGGACAUCGGGGAGCUGCUCAUCCCUGUGCACAGGAGUGGAGACGUGAGUCAGGAACUCAUGGUCAUCUGCUUCACACAGCAAGGUAUCACAGUCACUCUGGGUUUGUUUUAAUGCAUCAGAUUUUUUUUAGAUUUUUAUAGUGCUUCAUCAGAGACCCCCAAAGUGCUUUCCAUUGGAUACAUCAUUCAUUCAUUCGCUCACACAGUCACACUACCUCACACUGGUAAACUACCUGGUAAAAAACUCUCAGAUUCAGAUCAUCCCUUGUUCAGAGAGUUUGAGCUGCUGCCCUCAGGCCGCAGAUACUGGUGCCCAGUCCUCACCAAGAACAGGUCCAGGAGGUCGUUUGUACCACAGGUGAUUUUACAUUGAACAAACUAAAAUAGAUUGUGGGCAGCUUUAUUCUUAAAAUUUUAUUUUUAGAUACUGGUUCAGCUGGUCUGAGCACAGAUACACUAUUUAAAGACUAUUUAUUGAAAUACUUUUUUUAACUUUUUCGGAUUGACACAGUGGUAUUUUUAUAUUGUCUUCUGAGUCGUUUUGUUUUAUAUGGAACAGUGUAUGGAAAUGUGUGUGUGCUGUCUUUGUGCAUGUUUUGUGCAAGUGAAUUUCCUCAUGGCGACAAUAAAUUCAACCUACCUACCUACCUACCUCAGUAGUCACAGCUACGACAAAAACAACACUGUACGAUGCUCCAUCUUCUUGCACUUCUGACGUCUGGCACGGACCUGCUGUUGUUGUUGACUGCUGUAUGGGGUCAGCUGCAAACUAUGAGCUUAGUCUGAUAAAGCUGUGCAUGUAAACACACUGACAGAUGUCGUUGGGGAAAUGAUGAAAGCUAAUAUCAUAAUUAGCUUUCUUACAAGCAUUCUUCCGCAGUCGUCUAACUACUUCUCAGAGUCUGGCCUGCACAGCGGGGCUUCGGGGGCGGAGCUUGGAUUUGUGAUGUAGGAAAUCUCACUGAAUCUGAACCUGCCGUUUGAGUCUGCCAGAGAAUCACAAAGAUUUGAAUGUAGAAAUACAAUUUUCCUCAUGAUAUGUCCUGUAGCGUCAGAAAAAUGUCAUAUGAACAACAAGAAAACAAGAAAAAACAGGUUUUCAUCGGAGUGGGUCUUUAAUCACCUUUCUUUCACUGAAAAAUGAGAUAUGGUCUGUAGAUGUAGACUGCACUAUAACAGGCAUCUAUAAAGGCAGCAGAUGGAAAAGGUUGCAAUAUUGACGAAAACUCUCUCGGUGAUGAAUGACUCUGGGAGUAGUUCGGUACUUUUGGCCUUUGUGACAGUCAAUAAAAAUACUGUAAGAAAAAGGAACCAGGUUGCAAACUGUCCUCUUAUGACUCCGCUGAUGGCAGCCGUUUAUACAAGGUGUGAUCUUUAAAAAAUGGAAGAGCGAGUGUGAAAACAGGAGCCGAUGAUUAUUUCAUCAAAACGUUUGUGUGAAUAAUGAAAUCCAGCUGAGAGUAAAGGUUCCUCCUUCUCAUUAAAACAGGCUGGUUCCUCCUUAUUAGCCCCUCGGUAACAUAUCAGUGAUGCAUGUUAACAUUUAGCAUGAGAAAAUAGUUUCAGGGAAAAACAAGGAAUCAUUUGUGUAUUGAAUUUCAUGAGGAAACAGUAUUUACUUCAUUAACUUUGCUUUCUGUUCUUCUGUUUUUUUUUCCCACCCACUCAGUUUCAGCCACAGGCACCAUCCCGACCGCAGUGCUAUCCUACUCUGAUUACAUCUCCAGGCCUGAGGACCAUCACAGCAUCGUGCGCUUCGACAAGGGGGAGGAGGAGAAAACCUGCAGGAUUGUUAUCAUCGAUGACUCCCUGUAUGAAGAUGAGGAGAGCUUCAAUGUCACCCUCAGCAUGCCCAUGGGGGGCCGUCUGGGCUCAGAGUUCCCCACAGCUAGAAUCACAAUCGCAGCCGAUAUGGAAGACGGUGAGAUGACAUUUCACAGAUCAUAAGUGUGAAAUUGAAUAUAAUGCACUCGGAAGAAGUCUGUGCAGGUACAAAAUGUCAUAAGGUUAUGAUUAUUGAAAGUUUUUCAGCAUAUAGAGACAAGUUUUGUGCUUUGCUUUCAGUUUUUUAAGGUUUUCCAAUUUACAUUUAAGUCCCAAGGAAAGAUAGACAGAAAGCAUUCACCGGCUAGACUCUGUCUGUGUACGCAGAGGACAUGCAGUAGCUGAAAAUAAGUUUGGAAAUGUUGCAUAACCUCUUGAUAUUUAGCUAUACAAGUCGGUCCAAAGAGAGGCACUCGAGGCAGGUGGGCACACAGACAGCGAAUAUGUUGGUGUGCAGGUGGAAAGUGUGUUUGUGCUUGUCUGACAAUAUCUCAGAGUGAGGGCGUUUGAGUGUGUGAGCCUCCUUCCUGGAGGCGAAGCCUUUAUCUCAUAUCUGCAGGCUCAGACUGGAGGGCUGAUAGUCUCCCAUAUCUCCCUGACGCCUCUUUGUUCCCCAACACCUGACGGCCAUUCCUCAGUUCCCUAUCACUCCCACUAUCUCAGGAAGCACUGCUGUGAAGUCAAGACUCUGUGAUUGCAUGCAGGCAACACUGGAGCUCAAAACCAGGAUGAUUGCGGAGGCAUCUCUUUUUUUUUUCUUUCUCUCUUUCAAAUCAAAACCCUGUAAGGAGCUGGAUAAUUGCAGUGACGGCGCAAUGUUCAAUUCAGUACAAGAUCUAAUUGCUUGUUUUAAGGAGUCAGAGAUUCAUGACCUUUGAGAAACGCAUUGAGCUGCAUUUCAAUCUUGUCCAACGGCUCUAAUUACUCGAAAUGAGAGUCUUCCUGUGGUAGGAGAUUCCUGUAUUUCUGAGUGGAGUGAAAACAUCACACACUUAAAGUUUGGCUUUUGAAAAGAUCAUGAUUUCAGCGCGUAACACUCGACUCAAACCUAAAUGUUUUGUUCAAUUUUAAAAGACACAUAUGUUUAAUUUUCCCUUUAAAAUAUCUAUUCAUGCUUUUUUUAUAGCUAGUUUGAGAUCUGGGCCAAAAUCAGUGCUAAUGAUGUAACUCACCUGGCCGUGAACCUGCUCUAAAGAGGCCUUGUCUUCGAGUCUCUCUUGCAGCAGCAGUUCUCAGACUGUCUAACAGGUUCUUUUCUUCUCCUGUUCCCCGGGGAACCCAAAGCAGACACAUUGCAAGUGGAUUUGUUUGUCCUGCUUGAGGAAGGAGAGGGGUUACGUGAUUGCGUCCGGUGUAACUUGAGAGUGAGUACAGGGCCUUUUGACCUCCCCUGCUCCUGGGUAUUGACUCAAAACUGCCGAGACAGCUGCUGCAACACACACGUUUUUAAUGGCCGUACAGCACUCGCUCCUUAUGGCGCUCAGACUGCGUCACAAAGACGUGAGGAUAUUUUAUUUCCAGACAGUGUUACAGUUUUUAUGGAUGGCUCUAACACUGAAAGUAUUGCUUGUCUUUACAACUGCUGGAGCGAGUAUUGAUUGGAGACGUUAUUGAUCGAUCUUUUACUAUAACUGUCCUAACUCAGGCCCAUACAAAUUCUUGGCUUUUCAUUCAGCGGAGGCUGACAAAUGAAUCGCAUAGAUUUCGAGAAAUGGAGAAGAUAAGCCAGCUGGAUGUUUGCUUUGGGAGUGGUCUCAGAGGAGCAGAAGGACUCCCCUUCAGUUUGACUGAUAAAUAGCGUAUUUAUGUUCGUUCAUUUCUUUAUCCUUGUGCCAUCUGAUCAAAAAGUGAUAAACAAUGACUUGCCUGUUAGGUCCAAUUACGCUGCGCUCAAAGUCAAUUAAAUAUUUAUUACGGUAAGAAAUGUUCUCACUUCGCAAAUGUGAGAUUUCCUGGCAUGCCUUUGCUUUCAUUAGCGGUCCACAACUGCAUUAUCACACAGAAACAGGAGAAAAGUAAGCUUUGUGCAUUAUAGGAUUAACAUGACUCACACUGACAACCAGCUUUAACAGUCUGCACUCAGGUUUAUUCUUACCUUAUCUGCAAUCAUGUUUUCUUUGCGAUAAUCAAGAUCUUUGUAUGCACAUCAAUUGUCAGAAAACACAAAACUCACAAAAGGUGAAACUACAGUCCGCUUUUGUUCGCUCUUUUUUGUGUGGAUUUUAUUGUUAUUCUCGAACACUUGUCAAGACUUUUCACCGAGACAGGGAGAGAAACAACGCCUGAAGCUAUUGUCCAACAACUUGGCUCCUUAUUAAAAAGACACAAAUACCUGACAUCAGAUCGACUGCCUGAACGCAUGAGGAGACAUGCACUCACAAACACACAAUAAGCAUAAAGUUGGCUCAGCAACACCUCCUAAGCCUAAUUCUGGUUUGGUGCUGGAGGUGUUUAGGUUGCCGGCGCUCGCUGAAUAAAUGGAACAUGAGGAGGGGGGAAAAGAAAUAAGAUGGUGUCAAAACUUCAUAUCUCCCCAAAGGAGGUGAUAAUGAAAUGGCUUGAGAACUGAUGUCGAAGUAAAUGGUAAAUAGCUCUGAGGCAAGCAGAAUAAGACCGAUAUCCUGUCUGAAAGAGCGGCAAAGCAGCAGCAGAUUCAUUCCACUUCAAGUUCAGCCCCCCUUCCUCGCUCGGUAUUACAUUAAAGAACAUAAUCCAGGUUCUUUCCCCGACUCCUCUCAGGUAUAUUCGGAGUGUAGGCAAACUAGGGCAUCACAUCCUUCUUUGUCAUCCCUCUUAGCGGUAGCUGUCCAGAGGGGUUAUACAUGAGGGGAAGGAGCUGGUGCUUGGCCGAACACCUGUCCCUGCCUGUGAGAGGUCUGUGCCGGGUCUCUCAGGAGGCCUCUCAGCAGCUACACACAUUCACGGGCUGGAACGGCUCACACACUACUACUGAUAUCAGCAAAAAUGCAUGUGGCAGAAGCACAUUAUAAUAAAAAUGAGAGCCAAAGGGCACGAAUGCAUAUGCUCCCUGCUUUAUGCAAAUACGGUCAUGGCCACCUACUGAGGUAGAAACCACACAAGCGCAGAAGAAGAAGGUGAGGCUCCUAUUGUCUGAUUUUAAUCUGAAGAUAGGUGAUGUUUAAAGCUUUUACAACUAAAUUAAUUAAAAUUUGCCGCACUAAUAAACACUCAUGUAGACCUGUGCUGAGGAGGAGGAGGAGAAGGUGUGUUUCUCUUCCAACUAAAACAUUAAUUUCUAUAAUUUGCUCAUCUUUGCCUGGAGAGAAGGAGUAAUUAAAAUCUGCUUUGUUUGGAAUGAAAACAACCAGACUCUUUGAUGGCACAAGAAUUGGUAUUUUGCCUCAUAGGGGGGACUUUGUCUGCAAAUGAUUUCACACAGGUAUCAUUGGAGUACAACCAAACUUAUACCAAACCCAUCUGGGAAGUCUCGGAGAUUGGUUGAUUACAUUAGAUCCUAUACUUCCAGCAUCAAAGGUUGAAAAGACGAUAUCCGCCAACAGCUCAUUGUAAGUCUCAGCAAAGAAACGAGUUUUUAACACUGAUAACCCGUGAGCAUGAAGGUGGGUGUGAAGUUUCGUAUUUGCCCAAAGUCUCCGAGAUCCAUACAGGAUCAGCCUCUUCAGACUCUUCGACAAACACACUUGUCAGUCUGCACAGAUACAGAGGUGGUGAGGAUCACUGUCUGAUCUCUGCACUUUGAUCCUGGCUGGUUGUUCAGGUUGUCCGCUCAGCAGGCGGGGGGGAUUCAACAGGGGUUGUGUUAACCCUUAACAUGUUCCUGAACACACCUCGCAAUAAUUAGCCCGUGUCUCAGAAGCUCAGGUUGGUAACAGAGUGGGUAAGAUCUUUAAACCUCUCUGAGUGACUGUGUUUUAACUGUGUAAAUGUAAUUAAAUGAGGCAAAUUAUCACUGAAAUGGUGUUUUUUAGUGAAACGGCACGAAGCGAAAUGAGGAGGAGGAGUGGGUUUUUAAAAGGCGCCGACGAGUAAUUGAACAACAGGACUAGCAAACAGAGUCUUAAUGAUAACAGAACACCACUCUGAAGAAAAUAAAAGCUGACAAGUUUAAUUAUAGCAUUGAUGGGUCUGCGUUGAUUAGCUAGAAACUGUUUGCGUGUGUUAGGAAUGGUUGCAGCUUGUUGUUUUGUAUUGCUAAUAACUCACAGCCUAAUAGAUUUCCACACUCCUGUCCUCAUUACACACAAACACACACUCCAACUUAGAUUGGACCUCAAACAGACCUCAUUUUUUGCAAGUCUGCAUGCAGGACUGUAAACUUUCCAUGCUUUCUGCAGCAGCUGCUUUCUCCAAACCACUUGCUCUUUUCCCAGUGCCAGACCAUCUGCACAGAAAAAAAAACAACCACAUCCUUACAGUUUCCACCCGCUGCAAUGGGCUGGGAGAAACGUGUCCUUUCUUGCAGAGGUAAUUACUGUUUGAUUCUAAACUCUGCAUCCGGGAAUUUCCUUUUUUUGGUGGUAAGACAUGAAAAUGCUUGUACGGCAGGAGUCGUGUAUUAUAGUCUUGUGUCAGUUGCCUGUAAAUUUUGUCCUGGUUCUGCAGGUGUGAUUAUGAGCCGUUUUAAAAGACGGGCGUGUGUGCGGUGUAUCCUGAAUGGUGAUGAAUCAGAAGGGGAACCCGCUAACCCUCUUAUUAUGUCUCACCUGGAUUCUCCUGCAUCCAGAUAUAAACAGAUGUCCAGAGUAUUUAAGCGGAGAGGUGCUGACUGCAAUCAUCAUCCUGAAGAUGCUCAGCCCCCGCGUCCUCUUUGAAAACCAUGUCUCUCUCACAGACCCGUUCAUGGUUGAAGUGUAGAUUAUUCUGUUUGAAUAUGGAGCCGCUGCUUUUAUAUGCUUUCUCUGUUGGAGGGAGAUUUCUUGAGCACACAGUGGGCAGAGGAGCAUUUGCUGAGGCUCAAUUGAAUCUCACCAUUAGAAGAGCCACUUAGCUCUGUGGGAAUGUCAUGCAAAGUUCAAGUGAAAUCAAGCAGUCAGUGGGAGUGUAAGAGUCCCCUUAGGGAUGCCUGUGUCUCUCUUAGUGCCUCCCUGUUCUUUUUAUGUUCACAUGUACUGCAUGCAACAGUUAAGACUUCUCCUUAUUGAUCCGUAUUACACAACUAUAUAUAAACACCUUUCAAUCUGACCUGAUUGAUAUUUUUAUCUUCUAAAUAAUACAAUAUGUACCAUAUGACGGAGUAUUAGGACCAUACUGAGAAAAAAAAUUAAAGACCUGAGAAUUAAUUUACGAGAAUAAAAUGAUUACUAACGAGAAUAAAAUCGUAAUUAAGUAGAAAUAUAUUUUAACCUGUUGUCGUACUUGUUGGAGCAACAAGUAUGACCUAUAUUGUACUUCAGUAUAGGUUUCUCAAACAAGAAAAUACUUAAUCUUAAUGCACAUCAGCACCACAUUAUCAUUAGUAUCAUAAUUAUUUUACUACGACUUUAUUCUCAUAAGUAAUUACUUUAUUACAACUUUAUUAAUAAGUAAUUACUUUAUUACAACUUUAUUAAUAAGUAAUUACUUUAUUACAACUUUAUUAAUAAGUAAUUACUUAAUUACGACUUUAUUCCUAUAAGUAAUUAUUAUAUUACAACUUUAUUCUAUAAGUAUUCACUUUAUUACAACUUUAUUAAUAAGUAAUUACUUAAUUACGACUUUAGUCUCUUGAAUAAUUACUUUAUUACAACUUUAUUAAUAAGUAAUUACUUUAUUAUGACUUUAUUCUAGUUAGUAAUGACUUGACGACUUUAUUCUCAUAAGUAAUUACUUUAUUACGACUUUAUUAAUAAGUAAUUACUUUAUUAUUAAAAUAAUUACUUUAUUUAUUCUAGUUAGUAAUGACUUUACAAUGACUUUAUUCUCUGAAGUAUUUACUUUUUUACAACUUUAUUCUUGUAAUUACUUUUUUACGACUUUAUUCUCUAAAGUAAUUAAUUUUUUAUAACUUUAUUCUCUUAAGUAAUGAUUUCAUUUCAACUCUAUUCUUGUAAGUAUUUACUUUAUUAUGACUUAAUUCUCCUAAGUAAUUACUUAUUACGACUUUAUUCUUGCAAGUAAUGAUUUUAGUACAACUUUAUUCUCUUAUUACUUUUUUACAACUUGAUUCUCGUAAGUAAUUACAUAUUAUAUUAUUAUAGUUAUGACUAUAUUCUCAUUAGUAAUGACUUUAUUCUCAUAAAUUAACGACUUCAAUCUCAAAGUCUAAUUUUUUUCCUCAUAAUGUGGCCCUAAUCCUCCGCCGUAGUACCAGGAUUUAUCAUAUGUAAUUGAAAAAUGCACGCGAGUUUCUACACCUCACAUAAAUUAACAUAAUAAGACGUUCAAAUCGGGGUCUUCUCCACUUUCAUCCAGGUAACCGAAGAUAUUGUUCUUUGGCACAGAAGGCUGCUGCUGCUGCUGAUGGAGCCCAGGAACCAGCGGUUUACCUUUCAGUUAAUGGGCCGUAGCUCUUUGAAGCUCACUGUUUGUCUGCUUCACAACCCUUAUCUGAUUACCGGGCUUGUACAACAGGCCCAAGUUCCUGGCUGCAAACCUCAGGCUAGUGGAUCUGAUUACUCCUCGUGUCGGAGCCCAAGUGCAGGCAGCCAAAGCCAUCUUUGUUUGGUUUCUCUGGUGGGGUGAAAUUUUGGCAGCUGUGAGCCUCCUGAUACUCCGCUCUCAUCUCCUGGUUGUGCUCUCAGGAAGGAUUAAACAAUAAAAAGUUUUUUGUCCUUUGCUUGUUCUCGGGAGAAAUAUUAUUUCAGCCACCGGGAUGACUUCUCUAAGAACCACAAAUCCCGAGGCUUUUCCUUAAAAGACUUUUUCCCUUCAGAACUUGUCUUAUCUUGUCAGUGUGGAGCUGUUUCUGCCAGAGCAGGCUGCAUCAAAAAACUGCACAAUCAUCUGAGGCUGAAAAUACUUUGAAAACAAUGAUGGAGAGCAAAAUAAUAAUUACUUUGCUACUGAUCGGUAAUUGUGCCUGGCAGCGCUGUUGACUGACAGUUAAUCUCGCUUUUUUUUUUGUUCUGCCUUUUCUUACAUUUGGGUUUCAUGAAAAUACAUUAUCAUCAUGCAGUGACAAUAGUGACGAUUUGUUUGCAGCUCAUUUCUGCAUCCCCACGCUCCUAUUUCCUCCAUACUGUGUGAUGAGAAACACUAAGUACCAUUUUGUAGGUGCAGAGUUCUAUUGUCAUGGAAACCACAACUCUACCCAUGGCCAUCACUCUCUUAAUUUAUUCAUUAUUUGGUCACAGUUGCUCUCAAAAGCGCUGUUUUUUUUUGCCCUGGUUCUCACUGGUCGUGCAGACAAAGAUGAAUCACCAGUAUGUGUGCAUUUUCUUUGUAAAAACAUCCAUUUUAUCAGAAGAGAGUUAUCCCCUUUUGGCUGGCCUAAUUAUUUCCGUAUCGCUCUAAUAGACUCUGACACACUCCCCGCUGUUUGAGUCCAUAAAUAGUCUCUUUGUGAUGACACUUGUUACAGUGACUGACUGCACCACCUGAAGGGCACGGAAACAGAGGUUCAAGCCCCCCCGGCCAUUGUUGCACGAGCAGCAUGACAUCUUGUACAUUGUCGGGCGGAAACAGGGUCUGAAAGGGUUAAAAAGAAUAAAAGUGUGUGAGCUGGCUGCGGUGGAAUCUCAGCUCAUAGAACACUAAUUGCAGCGAGGCAGGCCUGGGCUGGCACAUUCGAGCUCUACAUCCCCCAGACCUCCUGUCAGGCCUCCUGUCUGCCUCUCAGACCCGUCACUUUUAAAAGUCAGAUCCACCAGCGGACUCAUCCAGAACAAAAACCCCUAAAUGCAGCUCGUCAUUCAGGUUACUUUAUUUAAAAAUUCUCCCGCAGAUGUGAAAAUCCCCCCCAGAACCUCAUUCCAGGAAAUAAGAAAGUGUUGUUUAAGAGCUUUAAUCAUAGCGUUGCCUACCUGCCUGCUGGUGUUUGGAUGGAAACACUUCCCCUAUUUCUCCUGUAAUUAGGGGAAAUCUUCCUGAGCAUGCUAGCUAUUACAGAUUCACCUCCACAAUUACAGCUGACAUUCGGUAUCCUGUUAUGAAACUACAAGAUGAUUACGGAUUACGCUCUUUUGUGUGCUUUUCGACAUCACCUUUACUUCUUUCCUUCUUGUUUUUUUCCAGCUCCCGUCUUCUACUUUGGCAACACCGACUACCACGUGGAUGAAAGCGAUGGCUUUGUGGAGGUGCAGGUGUGGAGAACCGGGACAGAUCUUUCCAAAGGAGGAACUGUCACUGUGCGCUCCAGGAAGACGGAUCCCGUCUCAGCUGAGGGUAUGCAUACCUGCUAGGCGCCUUUCUCUGACAGCUUUGGCUUGUUCACGCUCAGGAAAACAUAAACCACAGAGAACAAUGGUCCCAAGUCGUCACCCCGUCACUCUUUGUUUUCCCGUGCUCAAGAGUCCAUGGAGAUGUUAACGGUGAAUAUGUGAGGUGGAUGACCUGGGGAAUGUAAACAUUGUUUAGGGUUAGCGGGGGAGACAAGUCAGGGCUCUUCUGUUGGACCCUCGCCUCGUAGGCAUCGGAUAUACACAGUGUGGCGAGGAUAAUGGUUGUUUGAGAGAGGAUGGAGCUUGAGGAAUGCAUACUGAUUGUUCUGCACAUUGGUAAGCGCUUUGUACUCCAAAACUGGCUGCUAUCUUCUCAAGCCUUCCCUGCAGCCUCUAUUAUCUCCUACCCUCAGGCGGUCUUCUCUCCGCCUUGUACUGAUUCUUAACAUCUCUGCUCCGGCCUGUGUUAUAACUGUAAAAUAACUAGCAUCUAAUAAUAUGCAGCAUGGUCGAGAUUCAAGCCCACACUUAUGCACAUAACUGGGUCAUAAAUACAUGAGAUAAGCCUGCGGGCAACGGGUGAGCUCUCAAUACUCAGACUCUUCAAAGAAUGGAGAAUGAAUAACCUGUUUGCGCUCAGGGAGGUUUGUCGUUUCUCUCAGAUUUUCUUUAAUCACGCAACAAAUUCUGCAACUGUUCAUUGCUACCAACCCCCCAGAUAGAAAGCGUCAUUUGUCAGCAGGUGGGGCAGAUUCUUUUAUCUCGCUCGCUCACCGCCUGACACUCAAAGAUGAAUUAUGAAGUAACAUGAGAGCUACAGUCUGAAUGAGAUCAAGUACUUCACUCCAAUCACACUAGAUCCACUUUAUCCCAUAAGCACUCUGUUCUUUGAAACAUGUCUGACCCAUAUUGUGUCGUGGAGCAGCUGGUGUGGAUUAUGUCGGGAUCAGCCGGAAUCUGGACUUUGCACCAGGAGUCACCAUGCAGACGUUUCGUGUGACCAUCCUGGAUGACCUGGGCCAGCCGGUGCUGGAGGGGCCGGAGAAGUUUGAGCUGGUUCUACGGAUGCCCAUGAACAGGAUCCUCGGGGAGCCGAGCAAAGCCACCAUCCUCAUCAACGACUCUGUGUCAGACUGUGAGUGGAAACAAACACGAUUCAAUGCAGUUUUUAUUAUAUUUGAUUUCUGACAUUAAGGUUUGAUUCUGUUGGAUCAGUACCAAAGGUGCAGUUUCGUGACGCUCUGUAUGUGGGCGAGGAGAACUCUGGGCAGAUCACAGUGACUGUUUACAGAAGCGGCGAUAUCAGCUACAAGUCUACGGUGCGCUGCUACAGCAGACAGGGGACGGCUCAGGUCAUGAUGGACUUCAACGAGAGACCCAACACAGACGCGUCCAUCAUCACCUUCUUACCAGGUGCAGUAGAAAAACCCCACAGACGCCUCUUUGGAUUAUUGUUUCGGAUGGUAACUCAUUAUCUUUUCUCCUAUUUUGUUCAGGAGAGGUUGAAAAGCCGUGUGUUCUGGUGCUGGUUGAUGACACCGAGCAUGAAGAGGAGGAAGAGCUGCGUCUUGUGUUGGGAACCCCGAAGAGUGAAUCUCCAUUUGGAGCAUCAAUUGGAGCCCAAAACGAGACUCACAUCAAGAUCAGAGAUGAUGCCGACAGUAAGAUCGCUGUUUUCUCAUGAAAGUUUUUGCGCCAACUUGUUUAGAUUUUCUGAUUUUAAAGCUUCUGUGAGGAACUUAAGUUGUUUUUUUAUUUUUUGGCCUCCCUCUGUUUCAUCACACGCUAAAGAUUUACACAUUUUUAAUUAGUGCUGAGGGGUAAUGUACGAAAGAGGAUUAGAGCCACAUGAAGAGAAAAAAUAAUUACAGGAAGGAGAUUAAAGUUGAAAUUUAGAGAUUAAAGUUGAAAUUUAGAGAUUAAAAAAUGUUGUAAAUAAUGUAAAAAAAAAAUUUAAGAUUACAAAAUAUUAAAAUGUUUAUAUUUAAGUUAAAAUUUCAAGAUGAAAAAAAAUGAGAUUCUGUCAAUAAAGUCGAAACCUCAAGAUUAAAGUCGAAAUUUCAAGUUUACAAAAUGUCAAAUUGUUGAGAUUAAAGUAAAAAUUUUGAGAUCAAAGAAAUUUUGAAUUUUUAGAUUAAAGUUGAAAUUUAAAGAUUUGACAAAUGCAAAUUAUGUCAACAAAAUCAAAAUCUCGAGAUUAAAAGUCGAAAUUUCAAGAUUACAAAAUGUUUUGAAUAAUGUAGAAAUUUCAAGAUUAAAAAUUGAAAUUUUGAGAUUAAAGUCAAAAUUUCGAGAUUACAAAAUGUCCCAUGUUAUAAUAAAUAAUGUUGAAAUCUCGAGAUGAAAAAAAAUUUAGAUUUUGGGAUUAAAGUCAAGAUUUAGAGAUUAACGUUGACAUGAAUAAAGUCUAAAUUUCUAUUUCUUUAAAUUUCGACUUCAAUGAAAAUGAAAAACGUUCCCUCCUGUAAUUAUUCUUCUCUCUUCUCGUGGCCCUAAUCCUCUUUGUUAGUAAUAACUUCAGUGACUGAAACAUCAUGUCCUGCUUCACCAGAAUCCAUCAUUAGGUUUGGAGAAACCAAAUUCAGCGUGAACGAGCCGAAGGAAAGUGGUCGACUGUCUGUGGUGAGGAUCCCGGUGAUGCGUGUAGGGGACACCUCCAAGGUCUCUGUUGUCCGAGUUCACACUAAGGAUGGAUCUGCUACCUCAGGGGAGGACUACCAUCCCAUUUCUGAGGGUAAAUAAUCCUGCCAAGCUCUUAUCAGGACAGCUUUUAUUUGAAAUAUGCUUUGGGAAUGUUUGUCAUGCAUAUCCUCUCUCUCUCUCUCUCUGCAGAAAUCAUAUUCAAAGCCGGUGACACAGUGCACUAUGUGGAGGUGGAAAUUUUGUAUGAUAGUGUCAGAGAAAUGAGGGAGGCGUUCACGGUUCACCUGAAGCCUGAUGAGAACAUGGUGGCAGAGACAAAGGUGAAAAUUAGGCCAAAUUAGCAUAUCAUUUAACUGUCGAGUGUGCAACAACCUGUCCGGUAAUCACAUUACAAGGCAGCAGCAGCAAUUCGUUCUCCAUUAACAGUGAAUUACCUCUGCCUGUCAAUCAACAGAUGAGCAAAGCUAUAAUCUACAUCGAGGAGACCAACAGCAUGGCGGACGUCACCUUCCCCUCGGUGCCAAGAGUGGUUUCUCUUCUGCAUUACGACGACAUCGACAGAAUCAGAGACUCUCCCCUCAUAGCAGGAUACCCUGUUAUUUGUGUCACUGUAAGUGACAGCGCCAUACGCAUUUAGUGAUUUACUUUGAAGCCGUUUACUCCGCCAAUGCACUCACAUUUUUAACAGCUUAACACGCCUAAUUAGAUAGUAUUAGGCAGAUGUGCUCACUUUUGCUCAAUUAUAACCUCCCUGGAGGGCUCAUCGGGCGCAGAGAUAAAGGACUUUGGUUGCUGCAGGGAUCUUCAGAUGCAUUUCACUCACAGGCUUUCUUAUUUUUCCCUUUUUUUUCAGGCUUGUAACCCCAAGUACCCCGACCACGACAAAACAGGCUCCAUCUGUGUGAGCGAGACCAUCAACAACACCUUGACUCGUUAUCGUUGGCUAGUUAGCGCCCCCACCAGCUCCGAUGGCAUCACCAGCCCCAUGAGGGAGGCUGACUUUGAUACCUUCUUCACCUCCUCUAAGCUCAUUACUCUGGACUCGGUCUACUUCCAGGCAGGUUCAAGGGUCCAGUGCGCCGCCAGGGCUGUGAACUCUAAUGGGGAUGAGGGUUUGGAGCUCAGUAGCCCCAUUGUGUCCAUCAGCAGGGACGAGGGUGAGUGCAGCUCAUUUUCUAGAUGGAGAAUGUUUAGUGUCUCACAUGGAAAAGGCUCAGUAUGAUAAGCAGCUGCCGGCUCUCCCGCUGCAGUACAAGCUGUCCUUGCUCUGACAGCAAACUGCAACAUGAAAGAAAUCUCUGCGGAGGAUUUUUAGGAAAACAAAAAGUUUUGAUGUUUGUUUGUUUAUGGCAUGGUUGCAGGAAUGUGCCAGCCUCGUGUUGUGGGCACAGUAGGAGCCGAGCCAUUCUCUGCAAAGCUGCGGUACACUGGAACAGAAGAUGCAGACCACCCCAAUCUGAUCAAACUGACUGUCACCAUGCCUCACAUUGACGGUAGAAGCGGCACAUUCAGCAUAUAGAAGAAUUUCGAAGCUUUUCUUUGUCGAUGUUAAUCCGACUUUUGAUCCCACAGGUAUGUUGCCUGUCGUAUCCACCAGACCUCUCUCAAACUUCGAGCUCACGUUAAGCCCCGACGGCACCCGCGUCGGCAACCACCGCUGCUCAAAUCUACUGGACUUCUCAGAGGUCAAGACUCGCCACAGCUUUCUCACCGAAGCCACGAAAAAUCCAGAAGUGAUCGGCGAGACGGCCCCGUACCAGUACAGCACCUCCCUCAGGGGAUCCAGCACGCUGCGGUUCUACAGGAACCUGAACUUGGAGGCCUGCUUGUGGGAAUUUAGCAGUUACUAUGACAUGUCUGAGCUGCUCAGCGACUGCGGAGGCACCGUCGGGACUGAUGGACAGGUAAGCAGCUCCACCUUUGAGCUCCGGCUCACCUUUGCCCCCUUUUGUCAUCUCCUGACAUCGGAUGGCAAGAGUCAGUUCAAUAAUGAAGCACGUCUCCUUCAGGACAGGAAUGUGGACUCAACGGUUACUGGUCUGUAAAAUCCCUCUCCUGGUCUCGCUUAUUUUUAUUUUAAAGUACUCCCGGGUUUUCAGCACUUAUGAAUCAUUUACAAGCACAUAAACACCACCGCUCGCCUUCUUGGUUUUCCUUUACGGAUCCUUAAGUAAAUACUAGCGAGUUGGGAAGUCAUCCAUUACUGUCUCGUGUUAACCCCUGUUAUAAUGACUAACCUGACACCUUCAUUCAACUCCCGGAAAGAGACCUUAUUUGACUUGACAAAGUGGCGAGUCAAUGACGACUACAAAAUCCUAUUUGUCUGUUUUAGCUGUGAGCAGAAUGUGUUGUUUGCAGCGGCAGCUGGUAUAUAUGGAGCCGAGAAGAGGAGCACAUCCUAAAGCCCUCACAUGCCUCACAGCUUUCAACAUUUGCAUUCACCGUGGAAACAUACUGUUGGUUGACUUGCUGUUAAUUAAGGUAGAGUGUUGAUAAAGGAGGCCGGGAGAGUGCGCCGGGCACAUCAUGGUGAAAACCUCCUCUGCAGGAUUAGUGAUUCAAGCCCCGCAGCACCUUUUAAGAUAGUUUGCUGCUGAAAAUGCAGAAGAGUGUUUGGUGUAUUGGUUUAUGGGAGUAUCUCAUUUUACAUGGCUUCAGGUUUAUUCAAUAACAAAAGCAUCGCCCCGGUGAUAACAGCUUUUCUCAACAAUUGGAACUUUGUAGCCUGUAGCCACAUGAUGUGAAGGUGAACGUGGUCUUUUAAAAACAUGUCCCGGCAAGAACGUAGGCUGCUGUCUGUAAUAUAAACAUUACCCCAGCUGGUCGAGUUAUAGCGAGGUCAGACGUGAGUACAGUACUUUCACUUUAACCGAUCAGAGACGAUCCGGUAAUCUAUAAAACGCAGACAUUUUUAAUGACCGACGUCUCACAUCUCAGAGUGAGCAUCAGCCGCUCCAACUCUGCUCUUGACCCUGCCGUCAUUCCAUCAAAGGCGGCUGGUGUACAUUCAGACCGUGUAAGCUCUGUAUGUAGAUUUUGUUGCUAUGGUUACGAUUGAGCACAGACCAAAAGGCAGCGUGUUGAUGCAUAGACUGGGGCGUCACAGGUUCAGUUCCAGGAUUUGUUAGGCGGGAUCAAUGAGAAAGAGACCGGCCUUUGUUUGUGGGUGCCCUGUGACCCCGGGUGCUCCUCUAAGUAGGCAGGAAGGCUGAGCGCAGACAGCUCUAUGCAGGCCGAGGCCAGUGUCAUGUCACCGUGCGGGGCUUAGAGCCCAGCUUAACAGGACCCCAGGAAUCUAUUAAAGCCCAGCAGGUUGUGUCAGGAGGCCAUUCUGCAAAUCAUUUGCCUGAGCUCUCAGCGCCCAGAGGCGUAGACACGUCUCCACAUGAACACAGAGGCAGGCAGAUACCUCCCACAGGUCAGAGGAAAGUGCAGAUACCAGAGAGAGACUUUCACCACUCAGGAACCUUCGACCACUUUAGACCCGCUCUUUUGAAAGAGGAGCUAUUCAGAACACAACACAGACACUGUAUCGAUGGGGGGAAGUUUGUGUUUUUCUCACUUAUUUUGAUGUAAACUUAAAAUAGAUUUACUAUAAGACACAUUUCUUUUUUUUAAUGAGAAAAUUAAAAGGCUACACUUCAUAUUCUACCAACCAGAGACCAUCAACGCUGUAGAGAAUACAUGAAGGUGGUAUUUUAAGCUGCUCUCGUUUCAGUUAUUCAUGAUUCAUAACAAGGUUUUGUGCAGAAACAUCAUAAAUACAAAUUAUUCUUUUAAGUUAAUAUGUUGAGUCUUAUAUCUGUUGAUCUGACGGACUGGUUUUCACUGCAGGUGCUGAAUCUGGUCCAGUCCUUUGUGACCUUACGUGUCCCCCUCCAUGUGUCCUACGUGUUUCACUCCCCCGUGGGAGCAGGAGGCUGGCAGCACUUUGACUUACAGUCAGAGCUGAGGCUCACAUUCGUGUACGACACUGCCAUCCUGUGGAGAGACGGUAUCGGUAGCCCACCAGAGGCUGAACUACAAGGUUAGACUUGAACAAUAGAGGAGUACUUAAAGAUUUGACUCACUCUUUAUAUUCUUGGUUGUGAAGGAAUAAAGUAGUCCAAUUGAAGGUGUUUGUGAUUGUCUUUGCAGGAGCCCUGUACCCGACCAGCAUGCGUAUAAACGGCCAGGGACGACUGGUGGUCAACUUCCGCACUGAAGCUCGGUUCAGAGGCUUGUUUGUGAAUUCACAUCCAGGUACGGCGAGACGCAAAGACCUUUAUUACCUUUUCAUCUGAAUCACAGGUUUUGAUAUUGACGUAGUUAAAUUCUUCCUUUAGCCUCCCGGCUCACCUCUAUGAUCAUGUGCCCGGACCACCCUGGUUUGACCUUUAACCUCAGUCUUGUGAGGAAUGAGCCAACCUACAACCAGCCGAUUCAGCAGUGGUCAUUCGUCUCUGAUUUUGCCGUGAGGAAAUACUUUCCUGUCUAAUGAUAAUGUUGUUUUUCUCUUUAUUUCACACCCAGCCGUUAAUAAGGUCCAUUUUUCCGUCACAGGUUCGGGAUUACUCCGGCACGUACACGGUGAAGCUGAUUCCCUGUACGUCCCCUCCAAACCUGGAGUACACCAUCCCUCCUGUCUGCAACCCCAGAGAGCCUCUCACCUUCGAUGUGGACAUUCGUUUCCAGCAGGUGGAUUCUCCUUUAUAAAAUUAGAUGAAGAAAAUUUGUCAGGAAAUGAUGAAAUGCAAAAGCUGGAUUUAGGAAAUCUCAGAUGAAACAAUAAUUUCUCACCACUGAUGUAAAUCACGGUUUGAUGAAAUGUAUGGAAAAUAUUAGUGGUGCAAAAAAUUUCCUGUUUUAGCAAAUGUAAAAUAUGUUUCUAUCAGAGUGAAAAAUCUCCUCUAACUUCACAACAUCCUUUACUACGCUCACUGACUCACAUUCAACUUUUCAUUUACUAGCUCCUCUGUUUUCUAUCAAUCACAGCAAAUCGUGAAAAAACUGCAACACUUCUCAUUCAACCUGACGAGAACACACUUUUGGUCAACAUCCCACUCUCUUUCUUUUUUUAGUGUCCAGAUGUUGCUGCCUGUGUUUCCUCAGCAAUAAAGACAGUUUGAUGCAAUAGCAGCAGUUAUUUCAAUGUAAACAAAACGAACCCUCCCACUUCUAAACCGACACAAAAGAGACAAAACAUUUAAAGUGCAAAGUAGAGUAAGAACCAGCUGAAGACGAAUGGGUGAAUAUUGGAAGUCCCAUUCCAAUUUUCUCCUCUUUUUUUUACUACUUAAACUGUUCUCGGUGGUCUUUAAAUUGUGAUUAUGAAGUUUUUAGCCAAAAUCUCGUUACCUGUGUCAUUUUCAAGAGCUUUUCUUCUGCAGAGCUACGGUAGCUCAUUGGCAAUUCGCCUCUGGGUCAUGAGCGGAGAGAAAUUACAAAAAUUAAAAUUUUGAGAUUAAAGUCAACAUGAAUAAAGUCGAAAUUUCGUGAAUUUAAUCGAAAUUUUGAGAUUAAAGUUGAAAUUACUCCUUCAUUGUGCGACAAAGUUUGUCUCUGCUGCCAGCUUCUCCCUGUCUGAGUUAACGUCUUUUCUCUGUUGUAUUUACUUUUGUCUGUCCUUCUUGUGUUUCUAGGUGAGCGACCCGGUGGCAGCCGAGUUCAGUCUCAACACGCAGAUGAUUUUACUCUCUAAACGGACUCUCUGGCUCUCAGAUGGCUCCAUGGGCUUUGGACAGGAGAGCGACACUGCGUUCUCACAGGGUAACAAGCGGCUUGUCAAGGUCUCGAGUUAAACAAAAAGGGAAAGGACCCAAAAUGCAGAACAAAACGGAUUUAUUUUAAAAGAACUUAUCCAACAAAAGGCACUGGGGGGAAAAAUCACAAGGAGACACUGGCAUACAGACACCGUGACAAACACACAAUGAACUAACAAGAAAACAGGGAAAGACAAGGACUAUAUACACACAGGGAAACGAGCAACGAGAGGCAGGUGAGACACUGAGACACAGGUGCAGACGAUUACAGAGGAGGGAAAACUGAGGAAGUGAAACACAGGGAAUUAGCUACCACAAAAUAAAAGAGGAAACAGGAACAAUAGGGAACAGAAACACUAGGAAGAAACAAACAGAAAACCCACUCAAAGAGAACAACACGAGGAGAAAACUAAGUUAACGAAACAUAUCAUGACAUCGCCGUUCAAUACUAACCACUUCUACUACCACUUUUCUACCUCUCUCCUGUAGAGAGAGUAAUUUCUGUCUUACAGCUCAAAUGCCCCUCGUUACUUUGUGACCUCAAAAUAAAUGAAAAUGAAAUUGUAGGUUUUUCAUGUCGAACCACAAAAGCCCAAAUUUUCCUUCCCUUCAAAGACACUGAAGUCCUUGAAAAGCUUUUUGAGCUGCCGCACAAAUGAGUGUGUCACUCAGUAGUUGCUGUGACAGUGAGACAGCAGUUUGAGCUCCAAAUGUUGAAUGAAAAUGUCUUUGGGUUUUUGUCUCCCUCCCUCAGGAGAUACGAUUUAUGGCAGAGUGAUGGUGGAUCCGGUGCAGAACUUGGGCGGCUCCUUUAUUUGUAACAUUGAGAAAGUGUUCCUGUGUACCGGAGCUGACGGAUACGUCCCCAAAUACAACCCCAGCAACUUUGAGUUUGGCUGCUUGGCUGAUGCCCCGUCACUACUCUACAGAUUCAAGAUCAUUGUAAGACAUAAAGGUUAUCUCUCAUCAUGUUACUUAUUAUUUCAUGGCUAAAACCUAACACUCUCAUUAUCUUCUCUCUCCAGGACAAGGCCCAGCCGGAGACCCAGGCCCGCGCAUUCGGGAAUGUGGCGUUCGAUGCCUUCCUGGCAGUGGAUGACGCCGGUGCUUUAUCUCUUGUGAGACAACCUGGGUCAGACGGUUUCAGACUGGAUUCAUCAGCUCUCUUCCAGGUCUGAGAACAAACAUAAAAUGAGGUUUAUCUUACCCCAUUAAAGGUGGGGUAGGCACGAUCUGAGGAAGUGCCUGUUUUUGGGAGAAAUCUUGAAUGUAAACGCUACCCCUCCCAACCAGUUUUCCCCUCAGCUCCUCCUCUCCCAUCCGUCUCUGCUCCAGCAAUCCCCGCCCACAAACAGACGCUCUUGCUCACUCGUAUCGUUCCAAUUAAAUUAAAAUAUAAUGCAGAUAAAUAUUUCAGAUAAUUACAAAUGAGGCCCAGUCAAUGUGAAAGUAAAAAGCACUGGUGCUGCUGUAGAUGCCAACAGACUACCAGCAAACACAAUGUUUGCAGGACUUCUACAACGAGGAUAAAGUGACAUAGUCCAGGACCCGAGGUCAACAGUUUAGCGGCGCUACAACACGCUACAGCAGGUCCGUUUGACAAGAAACACUUCUGUUACAGACACUUCGCUUACUUUGUUAAAGCGGUUUACCUGUCCAGCAGAAAGGUUACAGGGUCCGUAAGAUCCCGAAGCGUCCCCCAUCAUUGUUGACCCGGCUUUUUUAUUGUCUGGGUGGUUUACCUCCUAUUUAAGCGCCCGUUAUUCCUCCAGAGUCUCCGGUAUUUACUUUGUUUUCUUGCUUGUGUCGGCAGUCGUGGCCAAAUGAGGAUUCAGACAAUUUUCUGAACUUUCUGGUUGGUUUCUACCGUCCGAUGUUGUGGCACGCUAACUUCGUUUGGGCUCGUGAACGACACGGGGGAGCAGCGUCUGCCUCACAACCAAUCAGCACUAGGGAGCAGCGUCACUAGGCGGCAGAGAAUGGCUUUGUUUACAGUCAGAAAGAGCGGACCGCUCAAAAAAUGUAAAAUGUUGACUACACAGACAUAACAAAUCACAGCGAUAUUGUUAUAUUACCAAAUGUCAUCAAUGACUAAUAGCUAUUGACUGAUACUAAAAGCUGUUUUGUAUAAACACCACAAAAAAAGAUGCUUCUUUAACGGAUUCCUGCCUACCCCACCAUUAAGUAAUUUGGUUUUCAGAAAAAUUAUCCUGUCAUCACAAGAAAACAAGCUGUUUUGUUUAGAGAUCAUUGAUUAAUCCAAGAAACAAGUAAUUCUGAGAUAGUGGGAUGAAUGAGUGGAGGUCUUAAAGACAGUAAACACAUAUAUGAAUGCAUAUUUUCUCACGGGUUAUGAGUUCCCGGCGCAUGAAGCGCACUCAACCCUGAAUAGUUGUGGUUCUCAUAUUUCACUGAUUUGUGAUGCAUUCCUCUGGUUGUGCUGGGAUCAAGUCUCUCUCUCUGGUUCACUGGUGUGACGUUGUGGCGUCCUGCAAGAUGAAAAUAUUCUGUGCAGCACAGGAGCCUCAAAAGUGACCUUAGACACUGUUCUCUUUGGUGUUUCUUCUUAACAAGCUCAGUGGAAAAAAGACUCACUGACCUGAACAAUCCGGUCACCAUGUAGACCGGCCAUUACAAAGCCUCUGAUCUGUGACGGCAGGAUGGCUCAGACUCCUCUCUUUCUGCUGAGCCCAGAUCUCUUACACCGGUCAGCGUGUCAGUGAGUUGUGCGGCUUUUUAAGUCGUUAAAGUCGGAGUCAAACUUUCAGCUCUAAUGAGUGCUUUCCAACGGCUGAGAACUUUUUCUGCUCAUCCUGUGCAGAAAAGGUCAAAUUUGAGCAAACAUCAAAAUGGGUUCAAUGAAACAUAAAUGUAUUUGUCUCUUUUUCUUCCCAGGUGUCUGCAGGCAGAGAGUGGUUCAUUCACACCAUCUACACCGUUCGCUCCCGGGACAACGCCAACCGUGGCAUCGGGAAGAGGAGCCUGGAGUACCACGCCAUGAGCAAGCACACUCAUUCGCUACCAAACGGUCAGCGCCGCAGCAGGAGAUCAACCAGUGAAGUCCCAGAUGUCGUAGAAGAUAUUGGUCUGAGCAACAACCGUGGAACCAACAUCCUCCACAUUGCUCUGGACCGCAGCAGCCAGCGGAGGACGAGUCCGGAGAGAGAGAACUUCACCAAAGGGAUCAUCCCCAGGGAGCUCAACCAGCGGGACAACAGCGACGACAGACUGGUGCUGAUCAUCGGGAUCGUUGUAGGUCUGCUCCUCAUGGUGCUCAUGAUCAUCCUCGUGGUUUUACUGGUCCGGUCCAAGCGUGAGAAGAAAGAUGUACCGAAGAGCUCGAGCAGCAGAGAGCCCAUGGUGACACGAGCCGUCAGUAACGGUGACAGCUCUGAGGUCUAACAAACACACCCGUGGUUCCCAGUUUUAUGUUUUAUUGUUUGUUUUUUUUGCAAGUGCCUCACAGUUUUGAGAAAAAUUGAAGAUUGUGAAGCAGCACAAACUACAAGAGCUUUGAUUUCACUCAUAAAAUCUACUUGAAACGUUGCAUCUCUUCCACGGCCGGGGAGUGAUGGGGACACUUGCUUGAACACAGGCUUUUUUCAGCAGCUGUUACUCGGCACUUGUCUCAUUGUCAGCACUCCAUUUUUGAUUUGCUUUUGAUGUCACUUGAUCCAAAAAAAAAAGGUGUUACUUUAUUUCCAAAGGUGCUACAGAGGAUGCCUCCUGACUGGAAUGGCGUUGAGUUUACGGAGAAGGUCAAGAGAGAGGUGUAUAUUUUUCAUACUGCUGUGUUAACAUUCAGCUUUGUUUGUUUAAUUUGCUGCACAAAGAAACUGCCUGUAGUUUGUACUACACUGGAAAAAUCUGUUAGUAAUUGAAUGGUUUAUCAGUAGAUGCUGUCGGUGCCUGAGAAAUCUUUUUAUCUUGAGGUCUUGAGAUGUAUGUUACUACGAAAGAGGAUUAGGGCCACAUGAAAGGAAAAAAGUAUUACAGGAAGGAAUUUAUAGUCAAAAUUUCUAGAUUAAAGUUGAAAUUUUGAGAUAAAAAAAACUAAUUUUUGUCAAUAAAGUCAAAGAUUUCAAGAUUAAAGUCGAAAUUUUGAGAUAAAAAACAAAAUUUUUCAAUAAAAGUAAAAAAUUUCGAGAUUUAAUAUUGAAAUUAAAGUUGAAAUUUCAAGAUUACAAAAUGUGGAAAUGUCAUAAAUAAUGUUGAAAUUACAGGGGGAGGUUUUUUUAAUUUACAUUUUGAAGAUUAAAGUUGAAAUUUCAACAUUAAAGUAAAAAUUUUGAGAUAAAAAAAUAACAUUUUGAGAUUAAAUUCGUAGUUUCGAGAUUAAAGUCAGCACAAAAAAUCUCGAAACUUUGACUUUUUUGACUUUUUAAAACUUUGACUCUUUCAAAUUUCAACUUUUUUGAAGUUCGACUUUAUUAAAUUUUUCUCUUUAUUCAAAAUUUUGACUUUCAUUAAAAAAAAAAUCUCCCUCCUGUUAUUAUUUCUUUCUCUUCUUGUGGCCCUAAUCCUUAUUUGUAAUGUUACCGUACCUUGCAGCAGUGAAACAUGUCUCCAUUGUUUUCAUGUGUUUUUGUUUUUGCAUGCAUUUAUUUUUGCAUCUAAAAUUGAUUAAAAUGAUAAAAAAAGAAUACUGAUCAGAGCAGAAUAAUGACAAAAGCAUCUUUGCUGUUGUAUUUUCACUUGUUGCUGUAUUUUACAUUAAAUUAGUAUUUAUCAGCAACCUAUAGUCAUCAAAUUUCCCCCAAACGUUGAGUUUUCUCUUGAUUUAUUUGACUAAAUCAAAAAAAAGAAGUGAAAGCGGUGGAGUCUGUGGUUCUGCAGAAACUUUCAUGACAGCUGGUCUGCAGUGUACAGUGUAGUAUAGUAGCAGUUCCAUCUUCUCCAUCUCCAACAAGGUCUUCUUUUACUUUCCAAACACUUGAAAUUCAAAGAGAAGACUGAUGUAGCUUAGUCUAGACAGCCGGGACUCUCCAUCCCUCCGACAACAGGGCUAUGUGCUGAUUGUUUCUACACCUUGAAUAUAACCUUGUCUGAUAAGUUCGGCAGAUUUCACUGAAAGGGAAUGAAAUGCUUUACCUUCAAUCAUUGUUUGUUAUUGUCCGAGCUGCAGUUCUCUCCCUGAUUCAUUCGUUUAAAUGUAUUUAUUUAUUUCUCCAUGCUUGUUAUGUAGUGCUGAGAUAAACCAUUUACUGUUGUUUUAUACCUAUCAUUCUCAAGAUCUACUGUACAAACUGUCGCUUGUCAUUGUGAUUUCAUUGUACACAUAUGAGCAUCAAUGUGUUACUGUUUUUCCAAAUCCAGACGCUGGAUUGCCAUGAAAUCUGAUUACCUCAUACUGCUGUAUAUCCACAUAGACACUGUACUCACUUCUUUAUACAUGUACGGUUUAUUUGCAAUGUUGUUUUGAAGUUGAAAACGAUUCUAUGCAACCUGUGUUAUCAUACUUUCAUGAAACGUUUACCCUGACUAUGAUUUUGUAUUCAAUGCACAAUUUGCUUGCUAAUCAAGGUUUGACACUGUAUCAUUGUACUGUGGUUGUUUUGCUCCACUCUAAUUCUUUGAGUGCAUUCUGAGCUUUUUUAAGUACAUGUAUGUAUGUAUAUACAUGUGUAUUACAUAUAAAAAAAACACCAUUUGGAUGUUUUGGGAAUGGUUAUUGUUGAAAAGAAUGCAUAAAGUAUGUGCUGUAAUUAUUUGUACCAUAGACCAACAGCACAACGUGGUCUGCGAAUAAAUACUUUUUCAAGAAAACAUCAAAAAUGUUUGUCCUUUCUGGUAACAAUUCACUCGAUGCCUAUCUCUAUAACUCAUUAUAAAUAUAUGUAUAAUGUGUCAUAAUCACAUUAUAGCACUGUAUAACUGUAGUUAUAAACACUCAUGAAUAAUCAAAAUGCUUUAAAGCGAUAAUCAUAACAUAUUAUAAAGCAUUUUAUCAUGAUUAUCAAG